UCCCAGCCUUGCCUCGGGUGUAGGGAUUGCAAGGAAAAGCAAAACUACACGGUUUAGAUCCUGUGUAGUUUUGUUUUUUGGGGACAUAUUGAGGCUCAACCGUUCUCACCUUGGAUAUUCUGGAAACAUACUGGAUAAGAGGAUUGUUGCUGAGGCACUAGCCUACUGGGCACAGUCCCAUCAGUUUUAGGCACCAUUGUGAAACAAGGUGCUUGUUACUAUGACAAUGCAGGCGCCAACGUUCACCCAGCCGCUUCAGAGCGUUGUGGCACUUGAGGGUAGUGCUGCAACGUUCGAAGCUCAAGUUAGUGGUAAUCCAGUUCCUGAGGUGAGCUGGUUUCGUGAUGGCCAGGUUCUUACUGCUGCUGCUCUGCCUGGCGCUCAGAUCUCGUUCAGCGAAGGCCGCGCUGUUCUGAGGAUCCCUGCCGUGACAGUUGCACACAGCGGAAGAUUUUCUGUGAGAGCCACUAAUGGCGCUGGACAAGCCACUAGCACCGCUGAACUCCUGGUUACAGCGGAAACUGCGCCACCAUCUUUCAUUCAAAGACUAGAGAACAUGACUGUCAGACAAGGAAGCCAAGUGAGACUGGAUGUUCGUGUUACGGGAAUCCCUACACCUGUGGUGAAGUUCUACAGAGAGGGAGCUGAGAUUCAGAGCUCCGCCGACUUUCAGAUUGUUCAGGAUGGAGACCUUUACAGUUUGCUGAUUGCUGAGGCCUUCCCUGAAGACUCUGGAACAUACUCUGUCAAUGCUUCUAACAGCAGCGGACGUGCUACCUCUACUGCAGAACUACUGGUUCAAGGCGAAGAGGUUGCAGUGCCUGCUAAGAAGACUAAGACAAUUGUUUCAACCUCAGAUAUUUCACAGACUCAUCAGAAAGUGGAGGCUCAUUUUGGGUCUUCUGCCAUGAUGGAAAUUCAGAUAGAGGGAGGAAUUGACUUUCAGCAUUUGGCCCACAAGGCCCCCCCCCGGAUACCUUCAAAACCAACUUCCAAGUCCCCAACACCCCUGGCAGUGGUGUCAAAAGUGGCAACUACUCGCCAGCAGUCACCCUCCCCCGUGAGACACGUCAAGGCUCCUACUGCAACACCCGUCAACAAAACAGUGAAAUCUCCACUACCAGGGAUCAAGCAGGGAAUACAGGCUGGAGAUGUCUUGCCUCCAUGGAAGCAGGAAGGCUAUGUUGCAGAAGCCGGCUAUACUACCAUGGUUACUGGAGCAACAUAUGAACAGUCCUCUUCCACACAUGUUCACAAGGAGCAGUGGGUGGGAUCUUUUCCAAUGCAACAGCAGGUCAAAGAGGUGGUUGAGGACGCAGUACUGCCUUCUGAUGCACAAGAGCAGGUGAUGCCACCAACAGUUGUGGCUGGCUUGAAGAACAUGACUGUUACUGAGGGAGAGUCAGUGACUCUGGAAUGCCAGAUCUCUGGCCAUCCCACACCAGGCAUUAUGUGGUUCAGGGAGGACUACCGGAUUGAGAGCUCCAUUGACUUCCAGAUCACAUAUGAGAAAACUUAUGCCCACUUAGUGAUCCGGGAGGCCUUUGCUGAGGAUAGUGGCCGAUUCACUUGCACUGCUACCAGCGAGGCUGGAACUAUAAGCACCUCUUGCUACCUGCUUGUGCAAGUAUCUGAAGAAAUUGAGAGCAGACAGGAUUUGAGUGAACACACUGAAUUGGCUGCCCAUGAAAGACAGAUUCCAGUUCAGGUAAAACAAGAGGUCAUGCAGGAAAUGAGUGCUGUACCUGAGUCUAUGGAGCUUGGAGCCCCUGUGGCCCCUUUCUUUGUGAGGAAGCCCACUGUACAGAAACUGGUAGAAGGAGACAGUGUUGUCUUUGAAUGCCAGAUUGGAGGCAGCCCCAAACCCCACAUCUACUGGAAAAAGAGUGGAGUUCCUCUCACCACUGGAUACAGAUAUAGAGUAGCAUACAAUAAAGAAACAGGACAGUGCAAGCUGGAGAUUUCUAUGACAUUCUCUGAUGAUGCUGGAGAGUACACAGUUUGUGCCAGGAACCAGCUUGGAGAAGUCUCUGCCUCUGCCAUGUUGCUUGAUGAAGGGACGUAUGAAGCCUACAUAAAGGAACACACAAUAGGGCUGGAGCCCAGAGUGGCAGAUGUGGCACCUAUUGUUACAGGUGAAUUGCAAAAAGAACAAACAUUCCUCCAGAGGAGGUUGGUUCAGCAGACACAAGUGAUGAAAUCCUUCACCAGUGAGCAGGAGUUCAAAAUAUCUGCUGUUGAGCAAAGGUUGAUCCAUGAGAUAGAGCUCCGUCUUCUUAAGAUUGGAUACCAGGAACUGGUGACUGAGGAUGGAGAAAAAAUGGACAUCGGUGUUUCUGAACAGGAGGCUGUUUCCCCAGUCUUCAGUAUUCCUGUGAAAAGUUACAGGAUCAGGGAAGGAAUGAGUGCUACAUUCCACUUCAGAAUGACUGGAACCCCACUUCCCAAGGUUUCUUGGUAUAAAGAUGGCAAACGCAUCAAGCAUGGAGACCAUUAUCAGUUAGAGGUUCUUCAGGAUGGUAGAGCCAGUAUGCGUCUUCCUGUAGUUCUGCCAGAAGAUGAAGGAGUCUACACUGCUCUGAUAAUCAACAUGAAGGGUAAUGCUGUCUGCUCUGGGAUGCUGUUUGUGGAUCCCACUGGUACAUCUACUGCACCGGAACUAUACUCUCAGACAGACGCAUUUCAGAGAAUCAGGUCUACAUCACCGCGCUCUACAAGUCGUUCUCCUGGACGUUCCCCUGGGCGGUCACCUGCUCGCAGACUGGAUGAGACUAAUGAAGCUCAGCUGGAAAGGCUUUAUAAGCCUGUAUUUGUCACAAAGCCAUCAUCUUUUACAUGCUCUGAGGGACAAACAGCAAGAUUUGACCUGAAGGUUGUUGGAAGACCCAUGCCUGAAACUUUCUGGUUUCACAAUGGGCAUGAAGUGGCAAAUGACUACACCCACAAAAUUGUGAUAAAGGAAGAUGGAACUCAGUCAUUGAUUGUGGUUCCUGCUAUGCCUCAAGACUCUGGGGAAUGGACAGUUGUUGCUCAGAACAGAGCUGGAAAAACCUCUGUUUCAAUUACUCUAACUGUAGAAGCUAAGGAAAAUUUGAUAAGACCUCACUUUGUUGAAAAGCUCAAGAACAUUACUGUUAAGGAAGGUACUUUGGUUGAGUUGGCUGUAAAAGCAAUUGGCAACCCCCUUCCUGACAUUGUCUGGCUGAAGAACAGUGAUAUAAUUUCUCCACAAAAGCACCCAAAUAUUAAGAUUGAGGGUGGAAAGGGAGAGGGUCAUUUCAAGAUCCCUCAGACCUGUGGUUCUGAUAGUGCAUGGUACACAGCCACAGCUAUUAACAAAGCUGGCCGAGAUACAACACGCUGCAGAGUCAAUGUUGAGGUGGAGGCAGUGGAACCUCAGCCAGAAAGAAAACUCAUAAUCCCUAAAGGGACCUACAAGGCAAAGGAAAUUGCGGCACCAGAACUUGAGCCACUGCAUCUCCGCUAUGGUCAAGAACAAUGGGAGGAGGGUGACCUUUAUGAUAAGGAGAAACAGCAGAAGCCUCAUUUCAAAAAGAAACUGACCUCUGUCAGACUCAAGCAAUUUGGCCCUGUGCACUUUGAAUGUAGACUGACCCCUAUUGGUGAUCCCACAAUGGUUGUUGAGUGGUUGCAUGAUGGCAAGCCCUUGGCAGCUGCUAACAGAUUACGUAUGGUCAAUGAGUUUGGCUACUGCAGUCUUGACUAUGAAGCUGCUUAUGCAAGAGACAGUGGUGUUAUUACCUGCAGAGCCACCAAUAAGUAUGGUAUUGACCAGACUUCUGCUACCCUGAUUGUGAAAGAUGAGAAGAGCCUUGUUCAGGAAAGUCAGCUGCCAGAUGGUAGAAGGGUACAGAGAAUUGAAGAAAUUGAGCGUAUUGCUCAUGAAGGAGCUCCUUCAGGUGUUACUAGAGACGACCUGAUGGAAAAAACUAAGCCAGAGAUUGUCUUGCUUCCAGAACCGGUAAGAGUACUGGAAGGGGAAACUGCAAAAUUCCGUUGCCGAGUGACUGGCUACCCGACCCCCAAAGUCAACUGGUACCUAAACGGACUGCUUAUACGCAAGAGCAAACGAUUCAGAAUACUUUAUGAUGGUAUUCACUAUCUAGAGAUUGUAGAUAGCAAAUCCUAUGACUCCGGUGAGGUCAAAGUUGUGGCGGAGAACCCUGAAGGGACAGCUGAGCAUGUUGUGAAGUUUGAGAUUCAGCAGAGGGAGGACUUUCGAACAGUUCUGCGACGGGCCCCGGAGAUGAAGGUUCCUGCAGCUGUUCAAGAACAUGGAAGAGUGUCCUUUGAGGUUGUGAAACCUGAAAAGUCCUCAGAGCUGUCCAAAGAAGCCAAAGAAGUGGUGAAGCUAAGGAAAACUGAGAGGGUAAUCCAUGAGAAAUUAACUGAGGAAUCAGAAGAGCUGAGAAGUAAAUUUAAACGCAGAACACAGGAGGGUUACUAUGAAGCUAUCACCGCAGUUGAGCUGAAGUCUCGUAAAAAGGAUGAGUCUUAUGAAGAUAUGCUAAGGAAGAGGAAAGAAGAACUUCUUCAUCAUACCAAAGAACUAUCAGAAGCUGAAAAGUUAAAAGAAGAAGAAGAGCGAAAGCUUACCAUUCCCAAAUUCAAACCAGAGAAAAUAAUACUUUCUCCAAGUAUGGAAGCUCCAAAGAUUUUGGAACGUAUUCAGAGUCAGACAGUUGCCCUAGGUGAUGAAGUACACUUCCAUUGUAGAGUUGUUGGUAAACCAGAUCCAGAAUGCCAAUGGUUCAAGAAUGGAAUCUUGAUUGAAAAAUCAGACCAUGUGUACUGGUAUUGGCCUGAAGACCAUGUCUGUGAACUUGUCAUUAGAGAUGUUUCUGCUGAAGACUCUGCUAGUGUAAUGGUCAAAGCCAUGAACAUUGCAGGAGAGACCUCAAGCCAUGCAUUCUUACUUGUUCAAGGGAAACAAGUAAUUUCUUUUACUGAACAAUUAGAAGAUAAAAAUGCCAAAGAGAAGGACACCAUUAUAACAUUUGAAUGUGAGACCAAUGAGCCUUUUGUCAAGGUCAAAUGGCUAAAGAACAAUGCAGAGAUUUUCUCUGGAGACAAGUACAGGAUGCACUCUGACAGAAAGGUGCACUUCCUAUCUGUGCUUAUCAUCAACAUGAGUGAUGAAGCCGAGUACAGCUGUGUUGUUGCAGAUGAUGACCAUAUUAGAACAAUUGCAAGACUUCAUGUUGAAGGUGCCCCACUUGAAAUUGUGAAGAACCUUGAAAAUACUGAAGUACCAGAGACGUAUGCUGGAGAAUUUGAGUGUGAACUGUCUCGAGAGGAUGCUGAAGGCACCUGGUACUUUGAAAACAAAGAGAUCACACGAAGCCUUAAAUAUGUUGUGUCCUCCCGCCGUGGACGCCACUGCCUAUGUGUUAAAGACGUGAAGAAGGAAGACCAAGGGAAAUACACCUUCAAAGUGGGUGAUCUGAUGACAAGUGCUUCCUUGAAGAUGAAAUUGCGCCCAGUUACACUACUGCAAGGCCUCACUGACUUGACCAUCUGUGAGGGUGAUAUCACCCAACUGGAGGCACGAUUUUCUCAGGAAAACGUGGAGGGAACAUGGAUGAAGAAUGGUCAACCGAUUUCGGCCACAGAUAGAAUUUACAUCGUGACUGACAAACUGACACGCAAGCUUCUCAUUGAAGAUGCUAAGAAGGAUGAUAGUGGAAUGUAUUCAUUUGUGGUUCACACCCAUGACAUUUCCACAGUUGGAAAGCUUAUUGUUCAAACUAUUGACUUUUUAGUACCAUUAAAGGACAUCUCUUCUGUAGAAGGCACAAAAUCUGUCUUUGAGGCUAAAAUCACUGCUGCUGAUGUGAGCUCUGUGAAAUGGUACCAUAAUGGCAAACUGAUGAUGCCCAGUGAUAGAGUCCAAAUGGUUGCAAAGGGAUCCAAGCAACGUCUUGUGUUGAACAGGACUUAUGCUUCUGAUGAAGGAGAAUAUAAGAUGGUUGUUGGUAGAGUUGACUCAACCUGUACACUCAUGGUUGAAAAUAUCAGCAUUGUAAAGCACAUGGAGGAUCACAUUUGUAAAGAGACUCAAAAUGUUACCUUUGAGGUUGAAGUAUCUCAUCCUGGCAUUGAUCCUCUCUGGACCUUUAGGGAUCAACCACUUAAAACUAGCCCAAAGUACAAGAUUGUGGGCAAAGGCACUCAUUAUAGUCUUACUGUCAUCAAUAUCAUGAAAGAUGAAGAGGGAGAGUACAAAUUUGCUGCUGGAGAGAAGACAUCCAGAGCAAAGAUAGUUGUUUCAGGUGGCGCCAUAAGCAGCCCACUGCAUGAUUUGACAGUAGCAGAGUCUCAGACUGCUGAGCUGGAGUGUGAAGUGGCCAAUCUGUCUGCUGAGGGAAAGUGGUUUAAGGAUGGACAACCUGUUAACUUUAAUGACAAUAUCCAGAGUGAAGACAUGGGUACUAUUAGACGCCUUGUUAUUGCCAUUACCAGGCCACAGGAUAUUGGGGAAUACACCUAUCAGGUGGCAAACUCUAAGACAUCAGCAAAUCUCAGGGUUGAAGCUGUGAAGAUAAAGAAGACACUGAAGAACCAAACUGUAACUGAGACACAAGAGGCAGCGUUCAGUCUGGAAAUUACCCAUUUGGAUGUGAAAGGUGCCCAGUGGAUCAAGAAUGGAGUGGAAAUUCUGCCAAGUGAUAAAUAUGAAAUUACAGUAGAUGGCACGGUGCACACCUUGAAGAUCAAAAACUGCAACACCCAGGAUGAAGCAGUUUAUGGAUUCAAACUGGGAAAGCUCUCUGCUAAUGCCAGAUUGAAUGUUGAGACUAUCAAGAUUGUGAAGAAACCCAAGGAUGUUACAGCACUGCUGGGCGCUACCGUCUCUUUUGAGUUGAGUCUGUCCCAUGAUGAUAUUCCAGUUAAAUGGAUGUAUAACAACCAAGAACUAGUCCCAAGCUCUAACAUUAAGAUAUUAUCAGAGAGGAAAGCCCACAAAAUCAUCAUUCAGAGAGUGGAAGACGACACAGCAGGAGAAUACAUUGCUGUAUUUGGAUAUUUGCAGUGCAGUGCACAUUUACACAUUGAAUCCUUGAGGAUCACAAAACCCAUGAUGGAUAUUGAGGUUGCAGAGAGCCAAAUGGCCACCUUUGAAUGUGAAGUUUCACAUUUCAAUGUCCCAUCCAUCUGGCUGCAAAAUGGAGAUGAAAUUGAGAUGAAUGAGAAGUUUAGCAUUGUGGUGCAGGGCAAGCUCCACCAACUCAAGAUCAUGAACACCAGCACGGAUGAUUCUGCAGAGUACACGUUCGUGUGUGGAAAUGACGGCUUGUCAGCAACCCUGACUGUUAACCCCAUUCUGAUCGCCUCUAUGCUUAAAGACUUCAAUGCUCAGGAAAAGGACACUGUAACAUUUGAAGUGACUGUGAACUAUGAAGGCAUCAGCCCCAAAUGGUUGAAGAAUGGUGUAGAGAUUAAAUCCAGUGAUAGAUGCCAGAUUCGUUCUAGACAACUGUCCCACUCACUCACCAUCCGUAAUGUGCAUUUUGGUGAUAGUGCAGAGUAUACGUUUGUGGCUGGAUCUGCUGAGACAUCAGCAAACCUGUUUGUCGAGGCACGUGUCAUUGAGCUCACCAAACAUAUCAAAGACAUCAAGAUCACUGAAAAGAAAAAGGCCAUCUUUGAAUGUGAGCUCUCUGAGCCUAAUGUUCAGGUGACAUGGAUGAAAGAUGGACAAGAACUUGAGUUAACUGACAGGAUCAAAGUUACUACACACAAAUUCCUGCAGCGCUUGUUGAUCCAGACUGUGCGUAUGUCUGAUGCUGGUGAAUACUCUGUAGUUGCUGGCUCAAGUGUCUCCAAGGCUCACCUCACAAUAGAGGCCAAGGAUGUUCACAUCUCUGAGCCUGCUGAGAAGGACAUCCAUGUUAUUGAAAAGCAGAGAUCCUCAUUUGAAUUUGAAGUCAGUGAGGAUGAAAUUGAAGGGCGCUGGUUGAGAAAUGGUGUUGAGAUCCAGUUCUCCCUUGAGAAGCGCUUCAACUAUGUGACUAUGAGAAAGGUGCAUCGCUUGACAAUUGCAGAAACAUACAGGAGUGAUGCUGGGGAAUACACUUUUAUUGCUGGAAAAAACAGUAGGAGAGUGAAUCUACAUGUCAACAACCCUGAGCCUCCCCAGAUCCUCAGACACAUGUUAGAUCUGUCUGUAGAGGCUGGAAAACCUGCACGCUUCUCUGUGGAAGUGACUGGCAUCCCUCAGCCUCAGGUGUCAUGGUAUAAGAACUCUCAGAUGCUGUCUUCUGGAUUCAAGUGCAAGUUCCUGAGGGAGGGAAAUGAGCACACUCUACUGCUCAUUGAAGUCUUCCCAGAGGAUGCAGCUCAGUAUACCUGUGAGGCCAAAAAUGACUAUGGUCAGGACACCACUUCUGCUGUACUCAAUGUGGAAGAAGUGGUUUCUCCAGAUGUUGGAGUUCCAUUGGCCCCACCUGUUGUCGUAUCUGCUAUUCAAGAUGUCUCUGUUGAGGAGGGAGAGUCUGCCAAAUUCCAGUGUCGAGUCUCUGGAGAAGAUCUGAAGGUUACCUGGUAUUGCAAUGAUCAGGAGAUGAAGCAGUCGGACAAUCUUAAAAUGUCUGAGUAUGAUGGUAGCUGGCAGUUGGAGCUCAUCAGAGCAUAUGUUGAGGAUGAGGGGCAAUACUCUUGUGUUGCUCGCAAUUCCUCAGGGAUGGUCUCUUCUACUGCAGUUCUGAAAAUCAAUGAUCUCAAUGUGAAAGCCAUAAAUAGACAAACUAUGUUGACCUCUGGAGUAUCUCUUUCGGAGAGGGUCACUUCCCACACCCUGACUGAGACUCAUUCUUCUUCUACUGUUCAAACUUCUGAAAUGGUGUCCACUAUGGAAACGGUAACAUCAUCAGUAAAACUCAUUGGGGUCCAGCAGAAAAUUACAUCCAUGGAAGAAUAUCCCAGGAGUCCAGCCUUGACUCUGAAAAUGAAUGACCUGACAGUCAACCUGGGUGAUGUCGCUCAGUUCAACUGCUCUUUUGAUGGGCAACCUCUUAUGGAAGUUGUAUGGGACCAUAAUGGAAGAAAACUUAUGAAUACAGAGAGAGUACAAUGUUUGCAUCAUGGAGGGGUUUUGUCUCUCGUCAUACUCAAUGUGCAACUUUCAGACCAGGGAACUUACAGCUGUACUGUUAAAAAUAUAAAUGGCGAGAAUCGAACAUCUGCGUGGCUCACCGUAGAAGUGCAUACAGUGGAAGAAGAAGCUAUACAUGUGGAAGAAGCCAAAGCUUUUUCUAGUUUGGCUGUGUCUUCUGAAGAGGAUUCUUGUACAACAAGCUUCCAUAUAAAAGAGAAAAGCAAAACCUUUGAACUUCAGCCAGAAUACAAAUUAUAUUCAGAAAAAAUACAGCAAACACUAGAAAAGCCAGUUUUUGUAACCAAACUCUUCCCAGCAACUGUAACUUCUGGAAACACUGCUACAUUUACAGUAAUUGUGUCUGGAUUUCCAAAACCUAUUGUUCAGUGGUAUCACAAUGGCCAAGUAAUAACCACUUCAUCUGUUUAUUCAUUUAUCCAAGAGAAUGAAGAAUUCACUCUCAUUAUAAACAAAGUUAAGAAGGAAUUAGAGGGCGAGUAUUCUUGUACUGCAAGCAACAGGUUUGGCAUAUCAUCAUGUGCCUCUCUUCUCCAUGUUAAAGUGAAAGAUGAAAAGAGAGUGGAUCAGGCUAUUGGACAACCUCCAUAUUUCACCAAAGCAAUUGAGUCAAUACAGCGCACUGUUGGUGCCCAGGCUGUGUUUGAAUACAAAGUAACAGGAGCUCCACAUCCUGACAUUCAGUGGUUCAGAGACAGCAAUCAUAUUCAGCCUAGUAAACACUGUAUUAUUGUUAAUAAUGUAGAUGGGUCUGGUUUCAUAAAGAUAAUGAGCAUUCAGCAAAAAGACAGUGGUCUGUAUUCAUGUAGAGCAAUGAACCCUCUGGGAGAAGCCUCUUGCAGUGCUGAACUAGUUGUCUUCCCUGAUACUGACUCAGCCUUUCAAUGGCAGGAACAAAUCAUUUCAAUGAAACAGAAGAUUUACAAAGCAUCUGUUUCUGAAAAAGCCACAGAGUCUGGCUUGUACAGUGUAGAUCUUUCUGAACAGGCCAGAAGGAACAUGCAGGAAAGACACCAGACAAGUUAUACAGUUGGCUCUGAGGAUGGGCAGACUAUAGCAAGUAAGCAAGUAGGUGGUUUAAAAGACAUAGAUGUUUCAUCUGCAACUCUACAAAGGGAGCAGUUAACUCACCAAGCUACAAUUCUGCAGUCUCAAGAAAUGCAAGAAGGACUAAUUCUUGUUCCAACACAUCCACAACAUUCUGUGGCAAAUCCUAUGAAACAGCUCCAAAUGGUAGCAGUUACUGCUGCUGUUAAAGAAAGUAAUGUCUUCAAAGAACAGCAUUUUGAUUCUAUUAAAAGCCCUGAGGUUUUAGAACUUGAACUCACCAAAGAACCAUCCUCAAUUAUAAUGUCUGCCAUUUCUGAGAGUGUAACACCUCUUACAAUUGUGAACACUCAGCUCUUAACUAAUAAAGAAGCUAAAACUAUACAGUCAUCUCCAGAACCAAGACACGCCAUUAGUAGCCAUCAGGUUGAGACUAAAUUAGACAUCUUAAAUGAAGAAUACAAAAAUAUCCCAUUCCCUGUGCAGGAGAAAAGCUUCAGAGUUAACAAAGGAGUUAAAUUAUUAUAUUCUGCAGUAACUUCAGAAAAUAUGCAACUUACAGAAACUCAUUCGUCAUCACUACCAACCAUGGAGUCCACAGAAUGUUUAGUAGGAAAGGAGAAAAUCAAGCCAAUAUUGACCUCUAUCAGUGAAAUAAAUUACACUCUUUCAAAAGAAAGUUCAUUAGAGACACAUAAACCAGUUAAAGAAGUUGCACAGUUGUCCAAAAACCAGGUCUUAAAACCAGCUCUUGUUGUUGAGGAAAAGCAUAAACUUCAAGCAGACAAAACAGUAACAAUACAAGGUCUAGACAGUGCUGUUUCAGUGCAUACCCAAAAAGAGGAUGGUCAAGUGCUUCACCUACAGGUGAUUAAUGACCAAGAUAGUCUUCCAUCUGAGGGUAGAUUUAUGAGUGAGACACCAGGAACAGAGAUUGCUGAUUCAAGAAAAAGCCCUGUUCUUUUAUACACAAUUUCUGUGGAUGAGCAGACAGCGGUUAGUUGUGAGCUGUUAUCACAGGUUUCUGCUGAGGAGAACACGUUACCCAUAAAACCACUAAAGGAGGCGCCUGUUAUGUUACAUCUUCAGUCUAUGCAGUCAGACACUACUUUGUUCAAAGAAGAGUUACUUUCAGUAAUAAAGCCAGACCAGCAAACGGCAGUGCAGAAGCAAGAAAAGGACCGUAAGCAUGCAAUUACUACAGUGGAAAGAAGGGAAAUAAGUGAUGAUUACUCCAAGGACAUUGAUGUUUCUGUGAAAGAGGUAAAGGCUGAGCACAGAAAAGAGCCAAAACCUUUAAACAUACUUCACAUGGUCUCAGAACCUAUCCAGCUUCCAAAGGAAUAUCCAUUUAUGAGUAGUGUGAAGGAACAGCACGCACUUGUGCAAAAGGAAAACCACUGGAAUCUUAUACAUGCAAUGUCCGUGACAGACAGACAAGCUUUAGUGGAAUGUCACACAGAUGAUCUGAAGGUAAUGGACAAAUCUACUUGUAAAUUGGGUUUAGAGUCCCAAAUUACUUUGCAUCCUCUGCAUAUUGAAGAAAAGGCCAUAUCCACAGAAAAUUGUGUCACUCUUGAAGCUGCAGAGCAGGAUUUUGCUGUACAGAUACAAGAGGGCCAAUCUGUGAGGCAGUCAAUAUUAAUAGAAGAGAAGCAAACUCUGACAGGAGAAGUAUCAAAGAACAUUAUCAAGUCAGAAGCAACAGAAAUAAAAAUUACAACACAGCCUAGAGGACAUAUUUUACUGGCAGAAGUACAAGAAAGCAAAACCCUUCCAAAAGAACUAACAUUUGUGAUUUCCACACCAAAGCCACACAGCUUGGAUAUCAAACAACAAUUGAAAAAUACAUUGCUGUCUGCUGUGGCCUGUGAGCAGCCAUUAAUUUUGGCUGAUGUGGUGGGUAGUUUAGAAAUUGUGGAAUUUAAAGAAGUAAAAGUGCAUAAAGAACCAAAAUACACAGUUUUCUCAUACGUCAUUAUAACAACAUCUGCCCCACUGGAAAUAACAAUUGCAUUUGAAGGUGAAUAUCCAAAAACAGCUGAACUCAGAAAUGAGCUCCAGAUAGCCUUACAUUCUGUAAUAUUUGAGGAACAGCAAGUCAUCACUUCUGAACAGCCUGGCACAAUAUCAUUUCUCAGACCUGAGAGAGUACAGCUUCACAUGGCUACCUCAAGAGAGAUAUGCUCACCAAUGGUAGAGACCAUGCAUUUAACAGAAACUGUGGGUGUGUUUGCACCACCAAAAACUGAGUUUGCUGCUUUGACGACUGAAGCUCGAGAUUCAUUUCAGUAUAUUACUGUUGCACUAGAGUCAGAAAGUCAGAUGACUCAGUUGACUACUGAAGCAAAAGUGGAUGUACAAAAGUCCAUUCAGACUAGAAGACAAGAGAGUAAAUCUAUGUUACUACAAGGCUAUCAGCGAGAUGUAGGACUUUCACAUCUUAUCUCUGAUAUGUCUAUAGCACCAAUUCCAGUUGAGGAGUCUAUGGAGGUUCUUAUUCAGAAAGAAAGAAAGGAAGAAUUUCUUAAAGAUGUGACAGAGAAAAGGACCUCAGAGCAUCAAACCUUGGCUAAGGAUGCUUAUUUUGAAAUGCCAUUAGAAGACUUUGCUGUGGUAGAGAAUAGUGUGGUUACAUUUACUGUUAGAAUAAAACAUGUCAACAAUGUUAAUUGGUUGUUCAAUGGUAAAUUGAUCAAAUCUGGCAAAGAGUUCAAAUGUUCCAAAGACCAGUACACAUAUACUUUAGUAAUCCACAAAGUUACAAAGGAAAGACACGAGGGAGAAUACACAUGUGAGGCUGUAAGUGAAGCGGGCAAGACUUCAACAUCAUCAAGGCUCACAGUGGUCUCACAAGUGCCACCAGUUUUCAAGAGAAAAAUCCAUGACCUUGAAAUCAGCACUGGCAACGCUGCAAAGUUUGAAUGCGAGACUGAAGAUGCAUCCAAUGUGACCUUUAAAUGGUUCAAGUCUGGCUCAGAGAUCAAACACAGUGACAAGUACAAGAUCAUCAGCCAUGUAAGAACAUCAUCUCUGGAACUCCCAAAUUCAACUAAAGCAGACAGUGGAGAAUAUUCCUGCUUUGCUUCCAACAAGCAUGGCAGUGUUAGCUGCUCUGCUAACUUGAAUGUUGCUGAAACCCCUUCCAUCUCAAAAGAAUUACAAAUGCCGGAUGUAGAGAAGGGUCCCAGUGCUGUGUUUCAGUGUGAGCUUAUUGGUCCAGCCCCAUUUGGAUUUAAUUGGCUUAAUAAUGAAAAACCUAUCAGUUUGGAUAAAAAGCACAGGCUUCUUUUCCAAGAUUCAAUAAAACAUUUGGAUAUAUGUUCAUUUGAAAGAUUAGAUGUUGGGGAAUACCAUUAUUAUUUAUCAAAUCAAGCUGGACAGAAGUCUUCAAAAUCAGUUACAACUGAUUUAAGAGAACCCCCAUGCUUUGUGAAGAGGUUGAAGGACACAGUUUUCCCAAUGAGAAACAAAUUAAGACUAGAGUGUACUUUCACUGGAACUCCCAAGUUGUUUGUAACAUGGUAUAAAGACGGAAAGCAGCUGUAUGCCUCAUAUAGGUAUAAUACAAUAGUAACGGAGAACUCCUGCAUCUUGGAAUGUCUACAUGAAUGUAACAAAGACACACCAGGAAAAUACUCUUGUGAAGUCUCAAAUGCCUUUGGAAAAGAUAUCUGUCAUGCCAAUGUGACAACAGUGACAGGACCUGCUCAAUUUGUGAAGAGGCUGUCCAACCAGUCCCUCCAAAAGGGUCAAAAGUUGAGGCUUCAAUGCUCAUUCACUGGAAACAUGGAAAAAAUAUUUGUCACAUGGUAUAAGGAUGGCAAACAGAUCUAUGCCUCUUCCAAAUACUGCUCCAACGUCACUGGAAAUACUUGCGUCUUGGAAAGUCUUCAUGAGUGUGACACAGACAGUGCUGGACGAUACUCUUGUGAAAUUACAAAUGAUGAUGGAACUGAUAUAACUCAUGCAGAAGUAACCAUAGAGACAGAACGGAACAUCUCACCAACCUUCACUAAAAAACCCGAAGAGCACAUCGAGGAUAUCGAGGGAAAGUUGGUAAAGCUUGAGGGUCAUGUAUCUGGAUCACAGCCAUUGUCUAUCAGCUGGUACAAAGACAACAAGGAAAUCUUCAGCUCUGACAACUAUGAAAUGUCCUUCAAAAACAAUACAGCUGUACUGUAUAUUAAGAAUUCCCAAACCUCAGACAGUGGCACGUACACAUGCAGUGCCUCUAAUGAAGCUGGUGUGGCCUCCUAUCAGGUGGUCAUCACUGUUACAGAACAACAAAGGCUGCCAACAUUUGAUGUCACCCUUAAGCCUAUGACAGUGGCUGAGGGUGAGAGACUUAGCCUUAGUUGCCAUAUCUGUGGCAGCCCCCCUCUGAAGAUCCAGUGGAUGAAGGACAGAAGGGAGGUGUCAUCUACUAACACAAAGAUCACAUAUUCUGAUGGAAUUGCAACACUGAUUAUUGAGAAAGCCUCCAGAGCUGAUGCAGGAGACUACCUGUGCAAGGCAACUAACAAAGCUGGAAGUGAUUUUUCCAAGGCCAAGGUCACUGUCCAAGAAAAAGCAGGAGCAGCUGCCCUGUCAACCCAAGCAGCCCCUGCAGUGACUGAGCAAGUGAGAAAGCUGGACAACCUGUUCUUCAUUGAAGAACCUAAGAGCAUUCACAUCACUGAGAAGAGUACUGCAACCUUCAUCGCUAAGGUUGGUGGUGAUCCCAUUCCGAAUGUGAAAUGGAUGAAGGGCAAAUGGAGGCAGAUGACUCACGGUGGCCGUGUAACUAUUGAACAGAAGGGACAAGAGGCCAAGAUGAAGAUCAGAGAAGUGACUAAAUCUGACUCUGGCCAGUAUAGAUGUGUAGCAUCUAACAAACAUGGAGAAAUUGAGUGUAGCACUAGCCUCACUGUUGAUGAGAAGAAGGAGGUCGCACCUGAAAUGGUGAAACUGAAGAAGACACCAUCAAAGCAAAAAAGUCCAAAAGAGGACAAGGACAUUGACAUAGUUGAGCUACUAAGGAAUGUAGACCCAAAAGAGUAUGAGAAAUAUGCUCGCAUGUAUGGCAUCACAGACUACCGUGGUCUUCUUCAGGCCAUUGAACAGAUAAAAAGAGAGAAGACUGAAGAAAGUGGUAGAAGACUGGACAUUGAACGUAUGAGAGAAUCUGAUGAGGAUUUGGCUAAACUUGUGUUUGAUUUGCAGAGGAGAAUGGAACAAACUGAACCCAUUACCCUGCUUAAUGACAUCAAAGAUCAAACUACCCAAGUUAAUAAAGAGGCAGUGUUUGAAUGUGAGAUUAAGAUCAAUUACCCAGAAAUCACACUGUCUUGGUACAAAGACACACAGAAACUUGAAACCAGUAGCAAAUAUGACGUUAAAGUAGUGGGAGACCACCACUUACUGAAGAUCAAGAACUGUCAAUCCAGUGACCAGGGAAGUUAUCGUGUUGUUUGUGGUCCACAUAUCUCCAGUGCCACUUUGUCAGUGUUGGCUGAUCAGAUUCAGUUCACUAAACGCAUUCAAAACAUUGUGGUGAAGGAACGGCAGACUGCUACUUUUGAAUGUGAGCUGUCCUUUGACAAUGCAGUUGUCAAAUGGUAUAAAAACUCUUGGGAACUUAAAGAGAGUUCAAAAUAUACCUUCAGUUGUGAAGGACGGCGUCACUUUAUGAUUAUCCAUAAUGUAACAUCUGAUGAUGAAGGUGUAUAUUCAGUGAUUGCACAGUUGGAGCCUAUGGGUGAAGCCAAAAGUACAGCUGAGCUUUAUCUGUCUAGCAAAGAAAUUGAUCUAGGAACAAUUUCUUAUGAUGUCCCUGAUACAUCAUUACAAGUGUCUGAAGUGUCCUCUAUUAUUAGCUUUAAAGACACAUCAGAUCAUUAUCAUUAUGAAGAAAAGACUGAAAUAACAGCAGAACCAAAGAAGCCAGUUGAAGAGAUUGUUCCCAAAAUUCUGGCAGAAAAGACAGAAGAAAAGCCCACUAGAGUACCUGAAGUUGCCAAGAAACCAGAAGAGAAACCUAAAACAACACUUGCACAGAAAACACCAGAACCACAGAAAGAACAUGAAGUCAAGAAACCUGUAGAGGAAAUAGUCCCUUCAAUAAAGGUGGCCAAGCUAAAAGAAUACUCUGCACCUAAAGAUGUUCAAAAACCUCCAGUCCCUGUGACAUCUGAGCCCAAACUUCAGGUGCCACUUGAGCCUAAAGAGGUACCAGUGGCUGUAUCUGAGCCAGAGCCUAAACCAGAGCCUACACCAGAACUUAAACCAAAACCUAAGUCAGCAGUUACAAAGAAACCUGUGCCUUCCCCAGUCAAAGAUGUUCAAAAACCUUCAGUCCCUGUGACAUCUGAGCCCAAACUUCAGGUGCCACUUGAGCCUAAAGAGGUACCAGUGGCUGUAUCUGAGCCAGAGCCUAAACCAGAGCCUACACCAGAACUUAAACCAGAACCUAAGUCAGUAGUUACAAAGAAACCUGUGCCAUCCCCAGUCAAAGAUGUUCAAAAACCUCCAGUCCAUGUGACAUCUGAGCCUAAACUUCAGGUGCCACUUGAGCCUAAAGAAGUACCAGUGGCUGUAUCUGAGCCAGAGCCUAAACCAGAGCCUACACCAGAACUUAAACCAGAACCUAAGUCAGCAGUUACAAAGAAACCUGUGCCUUCCCCAGUCAAAGAUGUUCAAAAACCUCCAGUCCCUGUGACAUCUGAGCCCAAACUUCAGGUGCCACUCGAGCCUAAAGAGGUACCAGUGGCUGUAUCCGAACCAGAGCCUAAGCCAGAGCCUACACCAGAACCUAAACCAGAACCUAAGUCAGCAGUUACAAAGAAACCUGUGCCUUCCCCAGUGAAAGAUGUUCAAAAACCUCCAGUCCCUGUGACAUCUGAGCCCAAACUUCAGGUGCCACUUGAGCCUAAAGAGGUACCAGUGGCUGUAUCUGAGCCAGAGCCUAAACCAGAGCCUACACCAGAACCUAAACCAGAACCUAAACUAGAACCUAAGGCAGCAGUUACAAAGAAACCAGUAUCUCCCCCAGUCAAAGAAGUAGAAGCUCCAGAGAAGAAAGAUGCAGUGCCAAAGUCAGCAUUAGUUAUUAAAAAGGAAGAGAUUUUAUCCCCAAAACCAUCCAUGACUCCAUCAAAAGCUCCUGAGGAGGUGAAGAUAACAGAAAUGUUAAAAACAGAGCCAGAUAGAAAAUCUAUCGAUGCAAGAGUUGCUCCUGAGCCACCUAGACAGGAACUCCAAUCAACUCUGAAGGCUGAGUUACCAAUAAACCAAGAGCCUUCUUGCACCUCUUCUGAACCUGCAAGGAAACAUGAGGUGGUAUCUGUUUCCUCAGAAAUACCAAAAGCUGAGCCAGUAAAGAUGCCAGAGUUUACGCCUGCCUCUAAAGAGCUACUAAAAGCUGAGCUGGCUAAGAAGCUGGAUUCCACACCUGAACCCCCAAAAGCUCCCAGAGCAGAACUCUCAAAGAGUACAAUCCUAGAGCUGCCAGCAGUCUCUAAACAGAUACCAAGAGCAGAGCCAGAUAGAAAAGCAGAGCCUAAAUUUGAUCCCUCAAAAGCCCCAGAAGUAGCACCAGAGCUACUUAGGAUGAAAUUUGAACCACUCAAGAAAAGAGAACAGGAGCCUCCUCAAGAAAAAGUGGUGGAAUAUAAAUUGGUUGAAGUGCCAUCUGAGAAAAUUCCUAUGGCUAAACUUCAAAAGGAGAUGAAAAUGACUCAGACAAGAGAACCUGAUGUAAAGCUGAAGUUGGAUGAAGCUGUUCCCACCACAACUAUUACAAAAACAACAGCUAUCCCUAAAGAAGUUUCAGCAGAGAAAAUGAAGCCUAUCCCUAAGACCAAAGAAACUCCUGCAGAGAAAGUCUUUGCAGCAUCACAGAGAGUUGAUCAUAUGCAGAAAACAAUGGAAAUUUCUAAGAUAACAGAGAAGAUUUCAGAGACGGGGGCUCUUUUUCAAAAAGAAAUCUCAUGUGAAAGACAAAGCAUUUCAUAUCAGCCUUUUGAGACUUCAGUAAAAGUGGCUGAAGUGAAAUCUGCAAAAUUGUCUUCUGAGAUAGUUAUAAAACCUCAAAAGGAGUUGGAGUUUGCUCCUAGCAGAGAGCAUGAAGUGAAGCAGAGGUCAGAAGAAACAGUCCUGAGUACAGCUAUUGCACACGUGACUGCUAACAUUCAAAACAAAAAAACUGAGAAAAUAAAGACUACCCAUGACACUAAAGAUUCUUCAGCAGAGAAAGACUUUGAAUCUUCAAAGCAAGUUGAACAAAUUCCACAUUCAGUGGAACUAUCUAAGAAAACCGGGGAGGUCUCAGUGAUGGAAGAAAUGAUUUCAAGAAAGGAAAUCUCAUACAAAAGUAAAGAUAUCACAUAUCAGCCUAAAGAGACUGUGAUUACAACUGGAGUACUAUCUGAGAAAGAUACCAUGGCUAAACCUCAAAAGCCAAGCCUCUACAAAGAGCCUAGAGUGAAACAGAAGCUGGAAGAUACUUCCCCUGCUGCAAUUAUUUCAAAACAAAUAACUAUCCCUAAAGCAAAAGAGACACCAGCAGAGGAAGCUUCAAAAAGAGUUGAACAAAUCAUACACAGAGUGGAUAUUUCAAAUAAACCUGAGACAUUUUCAGAGAUAAAGGAAGUAUGUUCCAGAAAUGAAGUCUCAUAUGAAAGUAAUGAUAUGCAUUCUAAAUCUGAAGAGACAUUGUCGUAUGAAGCAGGGGAGGUUUAUGCAGAAGAGGAAGUGACUCACAACGAAAAUGCUGAAUUAGAGUUUUCACUGCAGCAAGAUGAUCUCCCAUCUUUAGAGACAAGGGAAGAGAAAAACAAGACAACAAGGAGUUCUGCUGUUGUAGAAGAAGUCAAAAAAUCUCCUGAGAUGAUACCCAAGAGCGAUGUUUCACAAAUUAAAUCAGAAUUCUUUGCUGAUACAAUGAUGGCUUCAAAAGAUCAGCCUCCCCAAGAGACAAAUUUCAGCAGUGAAAAAGAUGGUGAAGCUUGUUCUGUACUCCUGGAUAGUCAUGGGAAAAAGAGGCUGCCAAAUGAACCCCAACAAGUAGCAUUACAAACUACUGUAAAACAAAAAUUAAAACCAAAAGAUGAUGUUGUCAAAUUGAAGAAAGAGCUUAAAAUGCCUGAAAAAGAGUCAACUGUGGAAAAGAAGUCCACACCUGAGUUAUCAGCAGAGACCAUAGCACCAAGUGAACAAAACGUCUUUCCCCACAUGGGAGAGCACGAUGUUCAGAAGAAGCCAGCACCUCAAGCAUCAAUACCAAAAGCAGCCCCAACUGAGGAAAAAGUUCCUCCCCCUCAAGAGCCUGAUAUUCAUAAAAAGCCAACACCUGAAGAAUCAAAGCCAACACUCUCACCACUUGAAGAAAAAGUUUUUCCACCUGAAGAGCCAGCUAUUCAAAAGACAAUACUUGAGGCACCAGAGUCAACACCAGCACCACUUGAGGAAAACAUUUCUCCACCUGAAGACAAAGGCCCUGUUGAAACUCCUGGACCAGUCCAGAAAGAUGGAAAGCCAAAGGAAGAGCCAGUGGCAGGAAGAGGCAGAGGACUUAGACCAAGACAAACUCCAUCUCCUGGUGAUGCUGGGCGUGGAAGAGGACUCAGACCUGGUGGUGGAGGUGACAAACCUCCUGGAGAGUCACCAUUUGCUUUCCAGCUCAAGGCUGUCCCUCUAAAGUUUGUGAAGGAGCUUCAAAACAUAGUGCUGCUGGAGGCUGAGUCAAUUGGAUCAUCUGCUGUAUUUGAGUGCCAGAUUUCACCUUCUACUGCCGUUACAUCAUGGAUGAAAGAUGGCAGCAACCUGAGGGAGGGUCCAAAGCACAAGUUUACCUCUGAUGGCAAAGACCGUAAACUGGCAAUUAUUGAUGUCCAGCUCUCAGACACAGGGGAAUACACAUGUGUAGCCAAGCUUGGAAAUAAAGAGAAGACUUCCACUGCCAAACUUAUUGUUGAAGAGUUACCUGUUAAAUUUACCAAGAAUCUGGAAGAAGAAACAUCUGUAAUCAAGGGACAGCCCAUGUACUUGACAUGUGAGUUGAGCAAAGACCGAGAUGUGGUCUGGAAGAAAGAUGGGAAGGAGAUAGAGCCAGUCCCUGGAAAGCUCCAGAUCAACAUUAUUGGACUGGCACGUGCCUUGACAAUCCAAGAUGCCAAUGAUAACGAUGCUGGUGUUUAUACCUGCGAGUGUGAACAACUUAAAACUCAAACAACUGUGAAGGUUAUGGAAAUCAUUAGAGACUGGCUGGUAAAACCCCUAAGGGACCAGCAUGUGAAACCAAAGGCCACAGCUACCUUCAAGUGUGAGCUCUUCAAAGACACUCCCAACUGGAAAUGGUUUAAAGGAGAUGAAGAGAUUCCUGUCGAACCCACAGAUAAGACUGAGGUUAAAAAAGAAGGAAAAGAUAUAAGUUUGACCAUAAAAAAUGCUCAGCCAAAUGAUAUUGGCGAAUAUUCCAUGGAAGUUGAGGGCAAACGCUACGCAGCAAAAUUAACACUUGGCGAGCGUGAGGCUGAGGUCCUGAAACCUCUUGCAAGUGUGGAAGUGGUUGAGAAAGAAGAGGCCAAAUUUGAUACUGAAAUCUCUGAGGAUGAUGUGCCUGGAGAAUGGAAGUUAAAAGGGCAGGUUCUUACAAGAUCACCAACAUGUGACAUCAAAGCUGAAGGGACAAAGCGAUUCCUUACACUGAAAAAUGUUCAGCUUGAUCAGGCUGGUGAAGUUACAUACCAAGCUCUGAAUUCUGUGACAAGUGCUAUGCUAACAGUCAAGGAGGGUGAUGCACGCUUCAUUGUCAAUUUGGAACACUACACUGCAGUCGAGAAAGAUGAGGUCAUUCUUGAGUGUGAGCUGAGCAAAGAUGUCCCUGUGAAGUGGUUCCAUAAUGAGGUCGAAAUUAAGGCUUCUAAAAUCGUUUCUAUGAGGACAGAGGGUAAACGAAGAAUACUCCACAUUAAGAAAGUGGAACAGAAAGACAAAGGCGUCUAUGUGUGUGACUGUGGAACAGACAAGACUUCAGCAAAUGUUAACAUUGAAGCACGUGAUGUCAAGGUGGUCCGACCCAUGUAUGGGGUUGAACUAUUUGAUGGUGAGACUGCUCGGUUUGAAGUAGAAAUUUCUGAGGAUGACGUCCAUGGCCAGUGGAAACUGAAAGGCGAUGUCCUUACUCCUUCACCUGACAUUGAGAUCGUGGAAGAUGGUGCAAAGCACACACUAACGUUAUACAACUGCAGAGUAGCCCAAACUGGAGAGGUCAUUUUCCAGGGAGCAAAUGCUAAGUGUAGUGCAAAUCUGAAAGUGAAAGAACUCCCCAUUACUUUUGUCACACCUUUGAGUGAUGCGCAAGUAUAUGAGAAAGAUGAAGCCAGAUUUGAAUGUGAACUGUCAAGAGAAGCAAAGACCUUCCGAUGGCUGAAGGGAUCUCAAGAGCUGAAGUCUGAUGAUAAAUUUGAAAUCCUCUCAGAAGCAAAAAAGCACACUCUGAUUGUUAAAUCUGCAGCCUAUGAAGAUGAGGCUAAGUAUAUGUUUGAGGCUGAGGACAAGCGAAGUGCAGGAAAACUGAUCAUUCAAGGUAUUCGUCUUGAGUUUGUCAGACCCAUCAAGGAUGUUACAGUGAAGGAGCGCGAGACAGCAGAGUUCAGCAUUGAGCUGUCUCAUGAGAAAAUCCAAGUAAUCUGGUACAAGAAUGAUGUGCGUCUGCAUCCAAGCAAAGUUGUGCAUUUGUCAGAACAUGGCAAGAUCCACACGCUCUCCAUUAAGGAGGUGUCAACUGAUGACACUGCACUCAUUAAAGCAGAGGCUCUUGGGAAGACGUCUGAAGCCAUGCUUACUGUGCUUGAGGGAGAAGCAUACUUCACCACCAAGUUGCAUGACUACACAGCCGUUGAGAAGGAUGAGGUGGUGCUGAGGUGUGAACUGAGCAAACCCACUGCUGAGGUGAAAUGGUUCAAAGAUGGCAAAGAGAUCACUCCAUCAAAGAAUAUCCUCAUCAAGGCUGACAGGAAGAAACGCAUUCUAAUAGUUAAGAAGGCAGAGAAGAUUGACACUGGAGAAUACAUCUGUGACUGCGGUUCUGACAAAACUACUGCAAAACUGAACAUUGAAGAACGUGACAUUAAAAUCGUCCGCCCACUGUACAGCAUGGAGGUCACAGAGACCGAAACUGCACGCUUUGAGAUCGAGAUCUCUGAGGAGGAUGUGCAUGGUCAUUGGAAACUCAAAGGAGAGCCUCUGCAACAGUCUGCUGAUUGUGAGAUUAAGGAAGAGGGCUCUAAGCACAUUUUGAUUCUCUACAAUGUGCGAAUGGACAUGGCUGGCCCUGUGGACUUCAGUGCCGCCAACGCUAAAUCUACUGCCCAGCUCCGAGUUAAAGCACGCAAAAUUGGCCUGUUGAGGCCUCUACGGGAGGUGACCGUUACUGCUGGAGAGACUGCAACCUUUGACUGUGAGCUUUCAUAUGAGGGAAUUGUUGCUGAAUGGUUCGUUGGAACAACAAAGAUGGAACCAAGUGACAGAGUGGUAACAAGAGCAGAGGGCAGACUGCACAGCAUAACUCUAAGAAAUGUCGAGCUGACAGACGCUGGGUUUGUGAAACUUAUUGCAAAGGACUUCCAGACUCAGGCCAAACUUAUUGUGAAUGAGCCACCAGUUGAGUUUGCUAAGCCCUUGAAGGACCAGACCGUCGAAGAGGAGGCGACAGCAGUUCUAGAGUGUGAACUUUCCAGAGAGAACGCUGAUGUCAAAUGGUUCAGAGAUGGACAGGAAAUCCGCAAAACAAAGAAGUAUGAGCUAGUGGUUGAUGGACGCAAGAGGAAACUGAUCAUCAAGGACUGUACCCUUGACGAUUGCAAGACAUACACUUGUGAUGCUAAAGACUUCAAGUCCACUGCUUUCCUAAAUGUUGAACCACCACAUGUUGAGUUCACUAAACCUCUCCAUGAUGUUGAGGUCAGGGAAAAAGAGACCGCUCAAUUUGAAUGUGAAGUUUCCCGGGAAAGUGCCAAGGUCUGCUGGUACAAGGAUGGUAUUGAGAUCAGAAAAGGCAAGAAGUAUGAGAUUAUUUCCAAGGGAGUGCAGCGUAUUCUUAUCAUUAAUAAGGCAGGCUUUGAUGAUGAAGCUGAAUAUGAAUGUGAUGCAAGGACCUCUAAAUCCUCUGGCAUGCUCACUGUUGUUGAGGAGGAGGCUAGGUUCACAAAGAACCUAUUCAAUAUUGAAGGCACUGAAUCUGACAGUAUCAAGCUGAUCUGUGAGGUCUCCAAGCCUAGUGCAGAGGUCACAUGGUACAAGGGUGACCAGGAACUGCCUGAGGGUGGAAGAUAUGAGCAUAUUGCAGAUGGCAGAAAGAGAAUACUUAUUAUCCAGGAUCUUCAUAUGGAAGAUGCUGGAGAGUACAGCUGCAGACUUGUCAAUUCAAAGACAUCAGCAACACUAAAAAUCAAUGAAUUGGCAGCCGAGUUUAUUUCCAAACCCCAGAGCCAGGAGGCCGUUGAGGGUGACAGGGCUGAAUUUGUAUGCUCAGUGUCUAAAGACACAUACGAAGUAAAAUGGUUCAGGGGUGACAAGGAGCUACAAACUGGGGACAAAUAUGAAAUUGUUAGUGAAGGGAAGAGAAGAGCCCUUAUUAUCAAGAACUGUGAGCUGAAAGAUGAGGGUGCCUUCAUCGCACAUAUUGGUUCUGUCAAGGCCUCUGCUGACUUAUCUGUGAUUGAAAAACUAAGGAUAAUCACUCCCAUCAAAGACACCCAAAUGAAGGAAGGACAAGAGAUUGUUCUUAAUUGUGAAGUUAAUUCAGAGGGUGCUAAGGCCAAGUGGUUGAAGAAUGAUGAGACAAUGUUUGAGAGCAGUAAGUUUGCAAUGAUCCAGAGAGACACUAUUUUCUCUCUGAGGAUCAAAGCUGCAGAGAAAUUGGAUGAGGGCACUUACACCAUCACACUGAUCAACCAACGUGGUGAACAGGCUAAAUGCUCUGCCAAAGUCCAAGUGUUAGAGGAAGAGCUCAGGAUCAUAGAGCCUCUUGAGGACUGUGAAACUGAGGAGAAGAAGACCAUUAGUUUUAGUUGCAAAGUAAACAGACCAAAUGUUACAGUCCAGUGGAUGAAGGCAGGCCAGGAGAUCACCUUCAGCAAACGUGUUGUGUACCGGGUGGACAAGAACAAGCACACUCUGAUCAUUAGAGACUGCACCAUGGAAGAUGAGGGUGAAUACACUGUAAGUGCUGGUGAUGACAAGUCUUCAGCUGAGCUGAUCAUUAGUGAGGCACCAGCUGAUUUCACUACCCAACUUGAAGAUCAGACAGUCACUGAAUUUGAGGAUGCAGAAUUCGUAUGCCAGGUGUCUAAGGAGAGAGCCAGUGUUAAAUGGUACAGAAAUGGUCGUGAAAUCAGAGAAGGGCCCAGAUAUCACAUGGAAAAGGAUGGAAAAACAUGCACUCUGUACAUUAAGGAGUGCAGACCUGAUGAUGAAUGUGAAUAUGCCUGUGGUGUGGAUGACCGAAGAUCCCGGGCACGUCUUUUUGUUGAAGAAACCCCAGUGGAAAUUGUCAGACCUCCCACAGAUGUAUUUGAGCCCCCUUGCUCAGAUGUUGUGUUUGAGGUUGAACUUAACAAAGACAGAGUUGAGGUUAAAUGGAUGAGGAACAACAUGAUCAUUAUCCAAGGUGACAAAUACCAGAUGCUCAGUGAGGGCAAAGUUCAUCGACUCCAGGUCUGUGAGAUCAGGCCUCGUGAUCAAGGCGAGUACAGAGUUGUUGCCAAGGAUAAGGAUGCCAGAGCCAAGCUGGAGCUUGCAGCUGUCCCAAAGAUUAAAACCACAGAUCAGAAUCUUGUGACAGAUGCCGGAAAGCCCUUCAUCAUGACUGUUCCCUAUGAUGCUUACCCUCGUGCAGAGGCUGACUGGUUCUUCAAUGACAUCAGUCUGCCAAUGCAAAACAUUGACACAUCCACUGACAGGACAGAGUACAGGUUGAAAGACCCUAAAAAGUCUGAUCAGGGUCGUUACAAAGUGGUCAUCAAAAAUAAACAUGGACAGGGGGAGGCUUUCAUCAACCUGGAUGUUAUUGAUGUUCCUGGGCCUGUUAAGAACCUUAGAGUUAUUGACACUGCUGAUGGUGAGGUCAGCCUGGCAUGGGAUGAACCUGAGAGUGAUGGUGGCAGCAAGAUCCUGGCUUAUGUGGUUGAGAGACGCGAUGUCAAACGCAAGUCUUGGACAUUGGCCACUGAUCGUGCUGACAUACCGGAGUACUGCGUUGGUGGAUUGCAAAAGGACAACAUGUACUUCUUCCGUGUGUGUGCUCGUAACAGAGUUGGAAACGGAGAGCCUGUCAGUACUGACGAAGCUGUACAAGCCAAGAAUAAAUUUGAUGUGCCUGAUGCACCUCAGAAUGUCAUGGUUGGAAUUGUCAACAGGUUUGGUGCCACUGUGACUUGGCAGCCACCACUGUUUGAUGGUGGUUCUGAGAUCACAUCUUAUAUAAUUGAGCUCCGUGACAGAACUUCUGUGAAAUGGGAGCCUGUAAUGGUGGUUCGGGCUGAAGAUCGCACAGCCACACUCAAUGAUGUUGUUGAGAAUAAGGAGUACAUCUUCCGUGUUAGAGCUGAAAACAAAGCUGGAAUUGGCAUGCCAAGUGCUGCCACUGAUCCUGUAAAGAUCAUGGAUCCCAUUGAGCGACCAACCCCACCCCUGAACUUUAAUUAUACAAAUCAGAGCAGGGACUCUGUUAUGCUGGCAUGGGACACACCACUGAGCAAUGGAGGUAGCAUGAUCACAGGCUACAUCAUAGAGAAGUGUGAAGAUGGCACAUGUAAUUGGCUGAGGUGCAAUGCCAGACUCUGUCCAGAUCUAUAUUACAAGGUGUCUGGAUUAAAGUUUGGUCAAAAGUAUCACUACAGAGUAUGUGCAGAGAAUGCAGCUGGUGUUUCUGAUCCAGCUGAACAGAUUGGCCCACUCUUAGCUGAUGAUCCACAUGUUGGUCCCACAAUGGAUCUAAGUGGAUUCACAAAGGGUCUAGAAGUCAUUGUGCCAAAUGCUCUUGCUAUCCGUGUGCCCAUUACUGGAUACCCGACACCUAAAGCCAAGUGGAUGUUUGGGGAUCAGGAGCUUACUGCAGGAGAUCGUGUCUCUAUGGUCACAAAACCUACAUACACUGAGCUUGUCAUUGCCCCAAGUGUCCGUCCAGAUAAGGGCAUGUACACCUUGCACCUACAGAAUGAUGUGACUUCAGUCUCAGGAGAGAUUGAAGUAAAUGUCAUUGCUUCUCCAAGUUCUCCAAAAGACUUCAAGGUAUCUGAGGUGACCAGGCAUCAUGUCCACCUCAUGUGGGAGGCACCAGAACAUGACGGAGGUAGCCCUAUAACUGGUUAUAAUAUUGAGAAGAGAGAGGUGACUCGGAAGACAUGGGUCAAGGUAAUAUCAGGCGUGGAAGACCUUGAAUACACUGUCACAGAUGUGAUUGAGGGCAAGGAGUAUCUGUUUAGUGUAACAGCUUGUAACAAAUGUGGUCCUGGAGAACCGGCAUACAUUGAUGAGCCAGUGAAUGUGUCCUCUCCAGCUACUGUGCCAGACCCGCCAGAGAACCUGAAAUGGAGAGACAAAUCUGCAAAAGGUAUCUUCCUGUUAUGGGAACCUCCUAGGUACGAUGGCGGAGCUCCUAUCAAGGGCUACAUUGUUGAUAAGUGCCAGCGUGGCACUGAUAAAUGGGAAGCCUGUGGAGAUCCAAUGCCUGAGCUGAAGUUCCAAGUGACUGGACUUCGUGAGGGACAAUGGUAUGCCUAUCGGGUAAGGGCAGUGAACAGGCUUGGAGCUAGCAGACCAUGUAAGGCCACAGAUGAGAUCCUUGCUGUUGAUCCUAAAGAACCUCCAGUGAUUGAGUUGGAUGUAAAACUGCUUGCUGGCUUGACUGCCAAGGCUGGCACUAAGAUUGACCUUCCAGCAGAUGUUCUAGGAAAGCCAGACCCUAAAGUCAAAUGGACCAAGGCUGACCUUGUCUUGAAGCCAGAUGACAGGAUCACCAUUGAAUCUAAGCCUGGCCACACUUCUGUAUCUAUUGCUAAUACAACCAGGGCCGAUACAGCCACCUAUAUUAUUGAGGCAGUCAACACCUGUGGUCGUGCCACUGCCACAGUUGAAGUCAGCAUUCUUGAUAAGCCUGGUCCCCCAGCUGCUUUCGAUAUUUCUGAUAUCACCAAUGAGUCCUGCUGUUUGGCCUGGAAUGCCCCCAGAGAUGAUGGUGGUUCUCCUGUGACCAACUACAUUGUGGAAAUGAGGCCCCUGGAAAAAGAACAGUGGCAGAAGCUUUCUGCUACAGUCAAGCAAACCAUUUUCAAUGUUUGCAAACUGGUGCCUAUGAAGGAGUAUGUCUUUAGGGUAUCUGCUGAGAAUCAGUAUGGCAUUGGUGCUCCUGCAGAGCAUGUUCCAAUAAUCGCCAAGUAUUCUUUUGAGCCUCCUGGCCCCCCGAUUAGAGUGCAGCCCUCUGAUAUCUCAAAAGAUGCUGUUACUCUGACCUGGCUUGAACCUGAUGAGGAUGGUGGAAGUCCCAUCACUGGCUACUGGGUUGAAAGAUUUGACCCAGAAAGCGACAAAUGGAUCAAAUGCAACAAGUUACCUGUUAGUGACACUACACUGAGAGUAAAAGGCUUGCCCACUAAGAAGAAGUAUAGAUUCCGUGUUAUGGCUGAGAAUCUUGCAGGAUUUGGAAGGCCUAGUGCUGAGACUGAUCCUGUCUUGAUUAAAGAUCCUAUUGAUCCUCCAUGGGCCCCUGGCAAACCAUAUAUCAAAGACAUUGCUAAAACGUCCGCAUUUUUGCAAUGGACAAGACCAGAGCAUGAUGGUGGUGCCAAGAUUGAGUCUUAUGUGAUUGAGCUGCUCAAGAGUGGGACUGAGGAAUGGGUUCGUGUUGCUGACAAUGUGUCCAUGUUGGAGCACUUAGUAAAAGGACUGAUGGAGAAGCAGGAAUACAGCUUCCGUGUCAGAGCUGUGAAUGUUGCUGGAGAGAGUGAACCCAGUGAUCCAAGUGACCCUGUUGUGUGCAAGGAAAGACUUUAUCCUCCAUCUCCACCACGCUGGCUUGAGGUCACUAACAUUUCAAAGAUUGACUGUGAACUGAAAUGGACUGAACCAGAUAACGAUGGUGGUUCUCCAAUCACAAACUAUGUUGUUGAGAAGAGAGAUGUGAGACGGUGGACAUGGCAAACUGUGGAUACCACAGUGAAAGACACAAAGUACACUGUCACUCCACUUAAUGAGGGAUCUCUCUAUGUGUUCCGUGUGGCAGCUGAGAAUGCAGCUGGUGUGAGUGAAUUCCUUGAGCUAGAAGACUCCGUUCUAGCAAAGGAUACUUUUACUACUGCUGGACCCCCUUAUGCUUUGACUGUGGUUGAAGUGUCCAAGAGACAUGUUGACCUGAAAUGGGAGCCUCCCAACAGCGAUGGUGGAAGACCAAUUACAAGAUAUGUUAUUGAAAAGAAGGAGAAAGUGGGUACCCGCUGGUUAAAGUCUGGAAAGACAGCAGGCCCAGAAUGCAAGUACAGGGUGACUGAUGUUGAUGAGGGUACAGAGGUGCAGUUCCAGGUUCGAGCUGAAAAUGAGGCUGGAGUUGGAGAACCCAGUGAACCCACAGAAGUCAUUACCAUUGAGGAUCCUAUAAGUGUACCUUCUCCUCCAGUUGAGGUUAAGGUUAUUGAUUCCAGCAGAGAGCAUAUCAACAUCACAUGGAGAGCACCGGAGAAGAAUGGGGGAAGUCCUGUUACUGGCUAUCAUGUUGAGCUAGCAGAGGCUGACACAGAGAAAUGGAUGAGAAUCAAUGCUCGUCCAGUCAAAGUGCUCAGGUUCAAGGCUGAAGAUGGUGUCAUUCCUGAGAAACAAUAUGUUCUUAGGGUUCGUGCCAUCAAUGCUGUUGGAGUCAGUGAUCCUUCUGAGAUGUCUGAUAAGGUCUUUGCUAAAGACCCUGACUGUGUACCAACCAUUGAUUUGCAGACCCAAGAUAUUGUGGUUGUUGAGGGUGAGAAGAUGAAUAUAAAAAUCCCAUACAGAGCAAUUCCCAAACCUUCAAUGGUUUGGAAGAAGGAAGAUACAGAGCUGAGGGCUGGUGACAGGCUCACCUUGACAUGUGAACUCAAGAGCAUUCAGCUUGAGCUCCUCAAGUGCAAGCAUGAAGAUGCUGGUGUCUACACUGUCACUCUUGAGAACAGUCUGGGUUCAGCUACAGGAACAGUUAAUGUUAAAGUGAUUGGUCUGCCAGGACAAUGUAAGAGCAUCUCUCCAAGUGAAGCCACCAAGAACUCCUGCAAAAUAUCGUGGGAACCACCAGAUAAUGAUGGUGGUAGCCCAAUUUUGCACUAUAUACUAGAGAGAAGAGAGUCUCAGAAGAAGACAUAUAUGCCUGUAUUGUCUGGAGUCAAUGUUCUGGAUUUUGUGAUCAAGGACCUCAUGGUCAACAGUGAAUAUUACUUCAGAGUAAAGGCUGUUAACAGAAUUGGUAGUGGAGAAUAUCUUGAGCUUCAAAACCCUGUUAUCUGUGAGGAGAAGAAGCAGCGACCUGAUCCACCAGUUGAGGUUGAGGGACACAAUCCUACCUCUCAGUCCAUUACUCUUAAGUGGAAUCCACCACCCUAUGAUGGUGGCUGCCCAAUUACUGGGUACAUUCUUGAGAAGAUAGAGAAGGAUGGUGACAAAUUUGAACGAUGUGUUCCAAAUCUGGUGCCUGGUUUCUCCUACACCAUCACUGGCUUGACAGAGGGCAAAGAGUACCAGUUCCGUGUCCGUGCAGAGAACAUUGCUGGAGAAAGUGACCCAUCCCGCAGCACACCCCCCAUUAUAGCUGCUGACCCUGUCGAUCCACCAAAGGUAUCACUACAUGCACGCAUUGUAACUGGCAUCAGUGCCAGGAAGGGUGAAGAGUUUAGGUUGGAUGCCCAUAUUUCUGGAUCUCCAUACCCCACUGUGACAUGGCUCAGGAAUGAUGAGAAUGUCCAAAAGGUUGUCAAAAAGAAGCCAGAACGCUUUGUGAGAAAGAGGAAGACCAAAGCUUCCCAUCCUGAACCUGAGGAGGAGUUCCAUCCUCCACUUUCAGAUCGUCUGUCAUUUGACCAGAGCAAGAGAGGCGAAACUGCAAUGAUGGUGCGUGAUGCCGUCAGAGCUGACCAUGGACUUUUCACCAUCAGGGUUGAGAAUAUUCAUGGUUUUGCAACGGCAUCAUGUGAUGUUAAUGUUCUUGAUAAACCUGGUCCACCAGUGAACUUUGGAUUUGACGAGAUCAGGAACAACUCUGUCAUUUGCACUUGGGAUGCACCACUUGAUGAUGGUGGCAGUGAGAUCAUCAAUUACAUCCUGGAGAAGAAAGACAACACCACUGAUGAAAUUGGCUGGGUUACAGUUACUUCAACCCACAAAGGAUACAACUACCCUGUGACAAAACUCAUUGAAGGAAAGGAGUAUAUUUUCAGAGUCAAAGCUGAAAACAAGUUUGGCUGUGGCCUACCACUCUAUUCUGAGCCACUUCUUGCAAAGAACCAAUUUGAGCCUCCUGAUGCUCCUAACAUGCCAAGAAUAGGAGAAGUCACUGCCACUACUGUUGCUCUUUCUUGGCAUGAGCCUAAGGACAAUGGCAGCCCCAUCUUGGGAUAUUGGAUUGAAAGACGUGAGGUCAACAGCAAAUACUGGACCAGAGUGAACCGCAACCUUCUUAGCUCGCUGACAACCAAAGUUGAGGGACUUAUGGAAGGCCUGGUGUAUGUCUUCAGGGUUUGUGCUGAGAAUCUUGCUGGUCCUGGAGAAUUUAGUGUUCCAACUGAUCCUGUGGUUGCAAAGGAUGCAAUCAUGACACCUGGACCACCUGUGCCAAGAAUUGUUGAUACUACAAAUUCAACAGUUGAAAUUGCUUGGGUUCCUCCAUUGUACAAUGGUGGCGGAGAUAUUCUUGGAUAUCAUGUUGAACGCUGUCUUGUGGGAGAUAAGGAAUGGGUCCGCAGCACUGAGUUCAGAUGCAAGGAAUGCAAAUAUACCUUGACUGGAUUAACUGAGGGAGCAGAUUAUAACAUUCGUGUGUACGCUGUAAAUGAUGCUGGCCAUGGAGUCCCAGGAAUGACUGAACCUGUUCAAGUCAAGGAACCUGAAAAGGCCCCGGAAAUUGAGUUUGAUAUCUCUGUAAGGAAAGGAGUUAUUGUAAAAGCUGGAGGGACCCUGCGCAUCCCAGCUGUUGUUGUUGGCAGACCCAUACCAGCAGUGAAAUGGACCAAAGAUGAUGCUGAACCUGAUAAGGAUCGUGUUGUCAUUGAAUCUGACAAAAACUGCAGCACUCUAAGCAUCAAGAAUGCUUUGAGAACUGACCAUGGCAAAUAUGAGAUCACAGGAACAAACUCCUGUGGAACAAAGUCUGCUUUUAUUAAGGUUGAUGUAAUGGAUGUUCCUGGGCCCGUGGUUGAUCUCAAAACGGUUAAUGUGACCAAGAAGAUGAUCUCACUUACCUGGUCUGAUCCUCUUGAUAAUGGCGGAAGUGACAUUAUAGGAUAUAUAGUUGAGAGAAAAGAUGCUAAGAUGCAUAUCUACAGACAACCCCUGGAAACUGCUACAUGCAAAUGUGACAUUAUUGGUCUUCUUACUGGUGAAGAAUAUAUGUUCCGUGUGGUUGCAAGGAACAAGUUUGGCCUUGGUGCACCUGUUGAACUAGGACCUGUUCUUGCCAUGGAUCCUAAAGGUGUUCCAUCUGCCCCAGAGAAGUUUCACUACACUGCAAGGACCAAGAACACUGUUACACUUGCUUGGCUGCCUCCUCGCAGUGAUGGUGGUGCACCAAUCAUAGGCUAUUAUGUUGAAAAAAAGAGAGAAGAUGGUGAUGAAUUUGAAAUUGCCAAUCGUCAGAUGUGCAGAGAACCCACUGUUACAGUGGAAAAUCUAAAUGAGAACAUGAUGUAUGAGUUCAGAGUGAUGGCUGUCAAUGAGGUUGGAAAUGGUGAACCAUCCAGAAUAAUCAGUGUCCAUGUUCGAGAUGAUGAACGUGCACCAAUUGUGAAGUUUCUGAAGUACUUCCAGGCUUACAAUAUUACUGCAAAGAAGGGAGGAGCUAUUGAUAUCCCUGUGGAAAUUGUUGGACUUCCUUUACCGACCUAUGAAUGGACAAAGAAUGGAGUUGUUCUUGACAAAUCCACAGAGGCCAUGACUCUUGAAUCAGAGGAGAUUGACAGACAAACAAUCCACACCAAGAUUACCAUUCCUGUAACAGUGAGGCCAGACACAGGCUCAUAUAAGUUAUCUGCCAGAAAUAGUCAUGGAACAGGUCAACAAAUUCUCAAAGUUGACAUACUGGAUCGUCCCACACCACCACGGAACAUUGUGAUCUCUGAUGUCAAGGGUGAGUCUUGCUAUCUCACUUGGGAUGCUCCUGAAGACAAUGGAGGAAGUGACCUCACUAACUAUAUUAUUGAGAAGAGGGAUGCCAGCAAGAAAAAGUCUGACUGGGAGCAGUUAACAUGCUGCGUUGUAGAUAGACGCUAUGGGGUAUAUAAGCUUGAGGCCUAUGGCACUUUCCAGUUCCAGAUCAAAGCUGAGAACAAGUAUGGAGUUAGUGAUGGUUGUGAAUCAGAAAGAGUUGUCCUCAAGGAUCCAUUUGGUCUUCCUGGCCCACCCCUGAGACCGAAAAUUAUUCGACACAAUCGCUCAUCCAUGGUAGUAACAUGGGAACCUCCAAAGGACAAUGGUGGAUCAACCAUUCAGGGUUACUGGCUUGAGAAAAGAGAGAGAGGAGCUGUGUACUGGACUCGUAUUAACAGGGCUUCGAUCACAAAGCCAGCUGUUAAGGGUUUAGAGUACAAUGUGCAGCACUUAAUCGAAGGUAUUGAGUAUCAGUUCCGUGUGAUGGCACAAAAUGCUGCCGGCAUUGGACCCCCGAGUGAGGCAACAGAAAGUGUGUUUGCCCUUGAUCCAAGACAUCCACCAAGCCAACUAUCAGCACCUGAAGUAAAGGACAAGACAACAAGCAGUGUGACUCUGGGCUGGUCCCAACCAGAGAAGGAUGGUGGAAGCCCAGUCAAGGGUUACAUCGUUGAGGUCCAGGAUGAAGGAUCACAUGAGUGGAGAAGAGUGAAUGAACCUGAUAAGCUGAUUCCCACUCCUGCAUAUACUGUGACAGGACUGAAAGAGAAUAGGAAAUGUAGAUUCAGGAUUGUUGCUGUAAAUGCCGCUGGCGAGUCAGAGCCAAGUCCCAGGACUGCUGACACCCUUAUACAGGACAUCCUGGAGGAUCCCAUCAUUACAUUGGGAGUGGACGCUGAAGAUCUUCUUUCUUGUCGUGCUGGAACAACCAUCAAAAUCCCUGCCACCAUAACAGGAAAGCCUGUUCCAAAGGUCACAUGGGAAUAUGAUGGAACUGCCCCAACAGAGAAGAAGAAUGAGCAGCACACUCUUCCAGUGGCUUCACAGGUCUCACAGACCGAUACCACAUCAGAAGUUAAUAUCCCUGAGUGUAAGCUCAUACACUCUGGACGCUAUAUCAUUACUGCUUCUAACAAAGCUGCAACAAAAUCAGUUAAAGUCCGUGUGACCGUCCUUGAUUUUCCUGGGCCUCCAAAGGAACUUAAAAUCACAGAUAUCACACGAAGUACAUGCAGACUUACAUGGAAGCCCCCAGAUAAUGAUGGUGGUGAAAGAAUCCAGAGCUACUACAUUGAGAAAAAGACAGUUGAAGGAAAAGCCUGGACAAAGGUUAACCCAGCCUGUGCCAGUCUGUCAUUUGUAGUUCCAGACCUUAAUGAGGGGCAGGACUACUUAUUCCGUAUUCGAGCAGAGAAUCGAUUUGGUAUGGGACCUCCUUUCCAAACCUUCCAGAGAACUCGGGCAAAGGAUCCCAUCCGUCCCCCUGAUGCACCUACAAGAGUUAAAAUUGUGGACGUAUCCAAGGGUACAGUGACACUGACGUGGAAACCACCCAAAAAUGAUGGUGGUUCCCCUGUAACUCACUACAUUGUUGAACGCCUCUGGUGGGACUCUAGUGGAGAGCAGAAAGAGUCAUGGAGGCAAUGCAAUAGACGUGACAUUGAUACCACCACCUUCAAAGUGGAGGACCUACAUGAGGGUGCUGAGUAUGAAUUCCGUGUCAAAGCUGUAAAUGAAGUUGGUGCCGGUAGACCAUCCUCCACGGCAGGACCCAUCAUUGUUAAGGAUCAGACAAGAGCACCUUCAAUUGAGCUUGAAGAGUUCAUGGAAGUUGAACAAGGCACAGAUAUUAACAUUGUCGCUAAAAUCAAGGGAUGUCCAUUCCCCACCCUUACUUGGCAGAAGGCCCCACCGCACAAACGUGAUGACAAGGAUGAUAUUGUAUAUGAUGAACAUAUCAACAAGCUUGUGUCUGAUGAUAGCUGCACAUUGCUGAUCCAGCAGGGCAAGCGUUCAGACACUGGUCUCUACACACUCACUGCCAGCAACAGCCUAGGCAAGAUCUCAAAAGAGAUGAGACUAAAUGUUUUAGGACUUCCUGGAGCUCCUUCAGCACCAAUUAAAUUUGAGGAGAUUCAUGCUGAACAUAUUACUCUGUCAUGGCUGCCUCCCAUAGAUGAUGGUGGCUCUAAAAUUACUAACUAUGUUAUUGAGAGACGUGUUGCCAAUAGAAAGACGUGGAUUCCUGUCCCCGGUGCAUCCAAAGAGCGCAUAUUCACAGUGGAGAGUCUGAUGCCAGGCCAUGAGUAUGUAUUCCGCAUCAGGGCUCAGAAUAAAUAUGGAGUUGGUGAUCCACUUGACAGUGAACCAGAGGUUGCUAGGGAUAUUUUCACUGUCCCUGGUCAAUGUGAGAAGCCAACCCUCUCAAGCGUUAAAAUGGACUCAAUGACAGUGAACUGGGAAGAGCCUGAAACAGAUGGUGGUAGUCCAAUUACUGGCUACUGGCUUGAGCGUAAAGAAACAACAGCGAAGCGCUGGAACAGAGUAACCCGUGAUCCAAUCAGGCCCAUGCCUCUUGGUGUGUCCCACCAUGUCACAGACCUCAUUGAAGGAUGUCAGUACUUGUUCCGGGUGACUGCCGUCAAUGCAGCAGGAUGUGGGCCUCCAAGUUUGCCAUCAGACCCAACAUUUGCCAGAGAUCCUAUUGCUCCUCCUUCACCACCAACCCCCAAGAUUACUGACUGGACAAAGUCAACAGUUGACUUGGAAUGGAUUCCACCUCUGAAGGACGGGGGAUCAAAGAUCAUGGGUUACUAUGCUGAAUACAAAGAGGAAGGCACAGAGACUUGGGUCAAGGCCAAAGAAAAAGAAAUUAGAGGAACCAAGUUUGUAAUCACUGGAUUGAAAGAAAAUGGAUUUUACAAAUUCAGAGUUUUGGCAUUCAAUGCUGCUGGACUGGGUGAACCAGGAGAGGUUGCUGAAGUUCUUGAAAUGAAGGACAGAAUUGUUGUCCCUGUGAUUGAGCUAGAUGUGUCAAUGAAGGAAAAGAUGAUCAUUCAUGCCGGUGGUGUUAUACGCAUAAUAGCAUAUGUAUCAGGUGUGCCUGCACCCACAAUCACCUGGAACCGAGAUAGUGCAGCUGUUCCACCAGAGGCUGUUGUAGAGACCACAUCAAUCAGCACCUCAUUAGUAAUGAAGAAUUGCACCAGAAAGCAACAAGGUGUUUAUAGUUUAACAGCAAUGAAUGCAGGAGGAGAAGUGAAAAAGACUGUCUCUAUUAAGGUUAUUGAUGUCCCUGGUCCAGUUGGCAUACCUUUCAUGUCAGAUAAUCUCAGCAUUGACUCAUGCAAACUGACCUGGUUCUUCCCUGAUGAUGAUGGUGGUUCUCCCAUUUCUAAUUACAAAAUUGAGAAACGUGAAGCUGAACGCGCAAAUUGGACGGCAUGCUCUUAUAAUGCUGCCAGGCAAAGUGCUGUGGUUUAUAAUCUGGUUUUAGGGAAAGGAUAUUUCUUCAGAGUUGCAGCUGAAAAUGCAGUUGGAAUUGGUCCAUUUCGUGAAACUGCAUGUGAAAUUAUCGUCAAGGAACGUCUCACUGUGCCAGACCGUCCCGAGGAACUUGAAGUCACUGCUGUCACUAAAGACUAUAUUAGUUUAGCAUGGAAACCACCAAAGAAUGAUGGAGGAUGUGAUGUGACAUCCUACAUCCUGGAAGCACGCACGAUUGGGAAAGACAAGUUUGUCAGAUUGACCAAAGAGGAGCUGAUGGAUAGAAAAUUCACAUAUGACCUCCUCAGAGAGGGUGAAAGCUAUGAAUUCCGUGUCCGUGCCGUUAACGAAAUUGGUCAGGGCAAGCCAUCUUUCUGCACUAAAGCAAUCACAUGCAAAGAUGAGCUUGAGCCCCCAACUAUUGAACUAGACUUCCGUGACAAGUUUAUUGUCCGUGUUGGUGAAAGCUUUGCUCUGCAGGGACGUUAUUCAGGAAAACCAGCUCCUUCUGUCAUAUGGUCAAGAGAUGAUCAGGAUCUGAAAGAAGAUAAACAUGUUCAGUUCAAAACUACUCCCACCACAAUGUGUCUUGGCAUUAUCAAAGCUAAGCGUGAACACAGUGGCAGAUACUGUGUAACAAUUGAAAACUGCACUGGAUCUCGUAAAGGCAUUUGCAAUGUCACUGUUGUUGACCGCCCAUCACCACCAGAAGGUCCAGUUGUCUUUGAGGAAGUCCACAGAAAUCAUAUGAUAAUUUCUUGGAAUCCCCCUCUUGAUAAUGGUGGAUGUGAAAUUUCUAACUACAUCAUUGAAAAGAGAGAUGUUAACAGGGACAUAUGGACAACUGUAACGUCUGCCACCACAAAAACAACCUGCAAAGUGCCCAAGCUGGUGGAAGGUCGUGAAUACAUCAUGAGAAUUAGUGCUGAGAAUAUGUAUGGCAUCAGUGACCCACUGGAAUCUGAAGAGAUGAAGGCUAAGGAUCUUUUCAGAGUUCCUGAGGCACCAGAGGAGCCUACAGUUAAAGAUGUUUUCCAUGACUCUGCCCUGGUGAUUUGGAACCGCCCUCGUGAUGGUGGGAAGCCUAUUACUAACUACAUUUUGGAAAAAAAGGAGCCCUCAGCUAAUAGAUGGUCCCGUGCAACUAGAGAUCGCAUCUAUCCUGCAACGCAAUAUAGGGUACAGGAUCUCACUGAAGGUUGUGAAUAUGAAUUCCGUGUCUCAGCAGAAAAUGAAAUUGGCACCGGAGACCCAAGCCCUCCAUCCAAACCUAUUAGAGCCAAGGAUCCCAUUGUUCGGCCUAGCCCACCUGUGCUACCUGAGGCUGUUGACAAAACAAAGGAUUCCGUUAGUUUGAAAUGGCAUGUUCCUCGUCAUGAUGGCAAAGGCAAAAUCUUUGGAUACCUUAUUGAGUAUCAGAAGCCUGGUGCAAUUGAAUGGAUGCAAGCCAAUGUGACUCCAGAAUCAUGCCCAGAUACCAACUUUGUUGUGAAAAACCUCCCAGAGGGUGGAGAAUUCAGUUUUAGGAUUAUGGCUGUGAAUGCAGCUGGAAAAUCAGACCCUGCUUAUGUAAAGGAACCAGUAAAAGUGCAUGACAGGAUUGAGGCGCCAGAGUUGCUGCUGGAUGCCAAUAUGUCUCGUGAUCACCUGGCCAUGAUUGGAACAGAUAUAACUCUAAGUGCUGUGAUUAAGGGCAUUCCAACUCCUACUGUGUCUUGGAAGAAAAAUGAUGGAGAGGUUCCAGCUCAUUGUAUUAUUGAAGUUACAGAAAGUGGAAGUAAACUGCACAUAAAGAAAUCUACCCGUGCUGACUGUGGCAACUAUACCAUAACCAUUCAAAAUAUAGCUGGUACAAAGACAGCAACAUGCACAGUGCUUGUUCUUGAUAAACCUGGACCUCCAAGGAAUCUUGCUAUCUCUGAGGUGACAAGUGAAUCAGCUUAUCUAACCUGGCAAAAACCAGAAGAUGAUGGUGGGGCUGUGAUCUCUCACUAUGUUGUGGAGAAAAAAGAUGUUGCUGCUGAGAAGUGGGUCCCAGUGUGUGCCUCAUGUAAAAAGCUUAGCCUCAUGGCUCUAUACCUGAUGGAAGGUGUUCAGUAUUUAUUCCGUGUCGCAGCUGAGAAUCAGUUUGGAAGAAGUGCAUAUAUUGUAACCAACAAGCCUAUCAAGGCAGUUGAUCCUCUUUAUCCACCUGGCCCUCCAAAGAAUCUCCACCAUGUUGAUGCAGAAAAAACAGAAGUAUGGCUUGAGUGGGAGUGGCCUGAUCGUACUGGUGGAAGUGAAAUCACUGGAUUUAUCGUUGAGUAUCAAGAAGAGGGAGCUGCUGACUGGAUCAACUUCAAGACUGUCAGCAGUCCUCACUGCCAUGUCACAAGACUUGAGGAGGGAAAAACAUAUAGAUUCCGAGUAAAAUCACAAAAUGCUAUUGGCAUUAGCCAACCAGAUACAAGUGUACCAAUUACUUGUCAGGAGAAGACCUUGGCACCAUCUAUUGAAGUUGAUGUGAAGCUCAUUGAAGGUCUUAUUGUGAAGGCUGGUAGCACAAUUGUACUCCCUGCAGUCAUGAAAGGAAUACCAGUUCCAACAGCCAAAUGGUUAAGUGAUGGCAAUGAGCUUAAAACUGAAGGAAAAUACAAAAUUGACACUGAAGAAACUUCAACAGUUUUAAGGAUUAGUGAUUGCACUAGGAAUGAUGGUGGAGAAUAUAUUCUCACUGUUUCAAAUCCUGCAGGAAGCAAGUCAGUUGCUCUUCAUGUAACAGUCCUUGAUCUGCCUGGUCCCCCAAUUGGACCUGUCAAUAUUCUUGAAGUUACUCCUGAUCAUAUGGUCAUCCAGUGGCGUCCACCUAAAGAUGAUGGUGGUACGCCAUUGAUGAACUACAUUGUUGAAAAGAAAGAUGUCAAGAAGCCUUGGGAGCCAUGGUCUGUUGUAAGAUCUGGAAGUAUUACCACAACAGCUAAGGUUCCACGUUUAGAUAAAGGUCGUGAAUAUAUUGUACGCAUUCGUGCUGAGAACAAGAUUGGCAUUGGAGCUGCUCUAGAAAGUCCUCCCACUAUCGCCAAGCAUAUGUUUGAUCCACCAGGUCCUCCAGGAUCACCAACAUGUUCUGAUGUCACAGAAAAUGCUGUGACAGUGUCAUGGACUGCACCAACUACUGAUGGUGGAAGUCCAGUCAGUGGCUAUAUUGUAGAACGUAGGGAGAUGACUGGUAAAUGGAUUAGAGUAAAUAAAACCCCAGUCUUAGAUCUUAGAUACAGAGUCUCUGGUCUGUUUGAGGGCAAUAGCUAUGAAUUUAGAGUUUUUGCUGAGAAUGUUGCUGGUGUAAGCAAGCCAUCCUACCCUUCAAAUCCAGUAAAAGCAACACGCCCAAUUACUCCUCCUGGACCACCAAGUAACAUAAAAUUGAAGGAUUGGAGCAAGUCAUAUGCAGAUUUGGUGUGGACGAAGCCUAACAGAGACGGUGGUAGCCCUGUUUUGGGCUAUGUUGUUGAGUGUCAGAAAUCAGGUUCUGCACAGUGGGACAGAAUCGGUAAGGAUCUCAUCAAGCAAUGUGCAUUUAGGGUACCUGGCCUUACUGAAGGUACAGAGUACAGAUUCCGCGUUAGAGCAUCUAAUAAGGCUGGGGAUGGAGAACCAAGAGAGCUGCCAGAAGCGAUGCUUGCUAAGGACAUCCUUGUUCCUCCAGAGGUAACUGUUGAUGUUGCAUGUCGUGACCUUGUAACUAUUCGGGCAGGACAGAUCAUAAACCUUGUGGCUCGAGUUAAAGGCAGACCUGAUCCUGAAAUUACCUGGACUAAGGAUGCCAGACCUUUAGGCAGAGACAAGCGUACAGAGAUGAUCAACAACUAUCCUGUUGUUGAGCUGGUCAUUCAGGAUGCAAUUAGAGGGGACUAUGGAAAAUAUGCAAUUCAGGCUAAGAAUAGCAGUGGUCAGGCUCAAGCUACAAUUAUUGUUAAUGUGCUUGAUACACCUGGAGCUUGCCAGAACUUGAAAGUUGCAUAUGUGACCAAAGACUCCUGUAUGGUGUCUUGGGAAAAUCCAGAGGACAGUGGUGGUACUGAAAUUACAAAUUACAUAAUUGAAUACCGUCAUCCCAAUCAAAGGACGUGGACACUAGUUUCAUCUGAUUGCACCAAACGCCUUAUAAAGGCUCCACUCCAUGAGAACUGCGAAUAUUUCUUCCGUGUGAGUGCAGAGAACAAAAUUGGUGCUGGACCACCAACAGAAACAAAAACAGCAGUCCUUGCUGUUGAUCCAGUUGAUAAACCUAGUGAACCAGAGAAUUUCCAUAUUUCAGAAAUUGGGAAAACAUUUGUCUUCCUCAAAUGGAAGAAGCCAGAAAAUGAUGGUGGUAGCCGCAAUAUUACAUAUCAUGUUGAAAAGAAACCAAAAGAUGCAGAGGAAUGGGAAAGACUUCAUAAAGGUGCUAUUAAGGAAACAUAUUUCAUGGCUGAUAGAUGUAUAGAAAACCAAAUAUAUCAGUUUAGAGUACAAGCAAAAAAUGAGGGAGGUGAAAGCAAUUGGGUGACUACAGCAGAGGUUCUUGUAAAGGAGACACUAGUUGUACCAGAGAUAAAAGUCAAGUUGGAAGGUGUUCUUGUAGUCAAAGCUGGGGAUUCAAUUCCAAUUGAGGCAGAGGUUAAAGGCAAACCACAACCUGAUGUGAAAUGGAUUAAAGAGGGUGACACUGCAGAUAUUAGCAGAAGUCCUCGACUUCAAGUUGAAUCUGGUGUGAACUUCUCUAAAUUCCUGCUCUUAAAUGCAAAACGCACAGAUACUGGAAAAUAUCUUGUCAGUGCAACAAAUGCUGCUGGAUCCAGCACAGCUGAGGCUAAAGUGAAUGUUCUUGAUAAACCUGGACCUAUUAGAGACCUGAAGGUGUCUGGGAUUUCAGUGGAUAGAUGCAAAUUGACAUGGGAAGUACCUGAGGAUGAUGGUGGAUGUGAAAUCUAUAACUACAUUAUUGAAAAAUGUGAGACAAAGAGAGGUGUCUGGUCCAUCCAUUCCUCUGCCGUUGUAACCAAUUCUGCUAAUGUAACUCGUCUCAUUGAAGGAAGUGAAUAUAUCUUUAGAGUAAGAGCAGAGAACAAGAUGGGAGCUGGUCCUGCUGUAAACACAGAAUCUAUUGUUGCAAGGACCCAGUUCAGUAGACCAGAUGCGCCAGAUGUUCCUGAGGUGACCAAAAUUACAAAGGAUGAAAUGACAGUUAUAUGGUGUUCUCCUGACAAUGAUGGUGGAAAACCUGUCACUGGUUAUAUUCUUGAGAAGAAAGAAGAACAUGGUGUUAGAUGGACUCCAGUUACUAAAUCUCCUAUUGCAGCAACACAUAUGACAGUAACAGGGCUGUUGCCCAAUCAUGAAUAUCAGUUCCGUGUCAAGGCUGAGAAUGAGAUUGGAAUUAGUGAUGCAAGCAAACCAUCUAGAACAUUCACUGCAAGAGAUCCUGUUGGGCCUCCUGGUCCUGUCAGGGACUUAAAGGUUACUGACAGUUCAAAGACAUCAAUCACUCUUGGGUGGACAAAGCCUACACAUGAUGGUGGUGCUCCACUCAUUGGAUAUGUUGUUGAGCUCCGGGUCAAGGGUACAGGCAAGAAGGGAGAUGAAGGAUGGAAGCGGUGCAAUGUGGCAGCCCAGCUGACUGGCACAGAGUUCACAGUCACAAGUUUGGAUGAAAAUCUUGAGUAUGAAUUCCGCGUUUCUGCACAAAACCAGAUUGGCUUGAGCCAACCAACUAAUCUUGAGGGAGUGGUCUCACCACGGGAUAUCUUUGAGGCUCCUGAACUUACUUUGGAUGCUGAACUGAAGAAAGGUCUUACAAUUAGAGCAGGAUGUCCAAUACGAUUAGUUGCAACUGUGAGGGGACGACCACCACCUACAGUGCUAUGGAGGAGGAUGGGAAUUGAUAAUGUUGUCAAGAAGGGUCAUGUGGAUCUCAUUGACACAAUGACAUUCCUUGUCAUCUCUGACACCACUCGCGAUGAUUCAGGCAAAUACUCACUGACUGUAACUAGCCCAGCAGGGGAAAAGGCAGUGUUUGUCAAUGUCAAAGUACUUGACACACCAGGGCCUGUUGUUGGCCUGGACGUCUCAGACAUCACAGUGGUGUCUUGCAAACUUUCAUGGUCCCCACCAGAAAACGAUGGGGGCAGUGAAGUGACUCAUUACAUUGUUGAGAAGCGUGAAAUCGAUCGCAAGACUUGGGCUACAGUUAAAGCCAACGUGGACAAAACAACAUUUAAUGUCAGUAAUCUUGUACGAGGAACAGAAUAUUACUUCAGAGUCACAGCUGUAAAUGAGUAUGGUCCAGGAGUUCCAAAAGCCACACCAAGAUCCUAUCUGGCCUCUGAUCCUAUUAGCAAGCCUGACCCCCCCCAGAAAGUUGAUGUUUUGGAGAUUACUAAGAACAGUGCAAAGGUGGGAUGGGUGAAACCAAUGAGAGAUGGUGGAGCUAAGAUUGAUGGUUACAUAAUUGAGUACCUUGAACUUCCUAAGCCUAAACUGCCCAAAGAACCAGUGGCAGGUGAAGGUGAGAAAGAGCCUCUUGUGGAGCCUGUGCCCCCACCACCAAAAGUCAUUGAGAAAGAACCAAAGGAAGGAAAGAAAGAAGAAUGGACACCAUAUACUGUAGUCAAAGAUUUAUGUAUCUCUGUGGUUGGGCUAAAGGAAGGAAGGAAAUAUCGCUUCAGAGUGGCUGCACGAAAUUCCAUGGGAGCUAGUCUUCCCACUGAAACAAAAGAAGCAUAUGAGAUCAAAGAACAAAUGUUGGCACCCAAGGUUAUCAUGCCUGAGCUUAUCACUGCAAAGGCUGGAGCAAAAGUGAGAGUUGAAGCUCUCAUUUCUGGAAAGCCAGCACCAGUGUGCCAGUGGAAGCGUGGAGAUGACAAUGUGGUCCCCUCAAGUCGUCUUGCAGUGCACAAGUCCCAGAACUUGUGUGUACUCAUCAUAAAGGAUCUUUCAAGAACAGACAGUGCUCAAUAUAGCCUUGUUGCGGAGAAUAGCUCAGGCAAAGUGGAACAAGUUAUGAAAAUUGUUGUUAGAGAUAUUCCUGGACCACCUGAGCCCCCAUUUGAAAUCAGUGACAUUGACUCUGAUGCCUGCACACUUUGUUGGAAUAAGCCACUCGAAGAUGGUGGUAGUAAUAUCACUAACUAUGUUGUGGAGAAAUGUGAUGUUACCAGAGGUGAUUGGGUAACUGCCGUUUCCAGUUGUGGCAAGACUGGCUGCAGAGUUGGAAAACUUGUUCCUGGAAAGGAGUAUAUCUUCCGUGUUCGUGCAGAGAACCGCUUUGGCAUUUCAGACCCCAUUACAUCUGAAAGGAUGAUAGCUAAAUUCCCCUUUGAUGUUCCUAGUGAACCCUUGAACUGCCGCAUCACAAAGACAAACAAAGACUGCAUGUUUGUGGCUUGGGAUAACCCUGAGUCUGAUGGUGGUAGCCCUAUUACUGGAUACUACAUUGAACGCAAAGAGAGGAAUAGUCUCCUUUGGGUUAAAGCUAAUGAUUCAGUUGUUCGCACAACUGAGUAUCCUUGUGCUGGCUUAAUUGAAGGUCUGGAAUACACUUUCAGAGUAUCUGCAAUUAAUCGUGCAGGACAAGGUAAACCAAGCCAGAAGACUGAUUUUGUCACAGCAAGAACCCCUGUGGACUCUCCAGGUAAACCAGAAGUACUUGAUGUAACCAAGACAACAGUGUCACUGAUUUGGAACAAACCAAAGCAUGAUGGUGGAAGCAAGAUCAUUGGUUAUUAUGUCGAGGCCUUGAAGCUUCCUGGAGACAAGUGGAUCCGUUGUAACAUAAGCACUCAAAAUGUACCUCGGGAAGAGUACACAGUGUCUGGAUUGGAGGAGGGUGCCCAGUACCAGUUUAGAGUUAUUGCAAAAACAGCAGUUAACAUUAGCAGGCCAUCUGAGGUCACAGACCCUGUUCUAAUAUCUGCAGAGAAUGUACCUCCUAGAAUAGAACUUUCAAUCCAGAUGAAGAAGAUGUUACCACAGAAAGCUGGGUCUGAUGUUUGCCUUGAAGCUGAAGUUUUUGGCAAACCAAUGCCUAAGGUCACAUGGAGCAAAGAUGGAAAAGUGUUGAAAGCUGAUAAGGAAUUGCAGAUAUCACAGAACAGACACCUAUUCUCGCUGAACCUUUCUAAAGUUUCAAAAAUUCAUACAGGAAAGUACACUGUUCUUGCUGAGAAUGCAAGUGGUUCUAAGACUGCAGACAUACAGCUCACAGUUUUGGAUAUACCUGGUCCACCUGCUUCUAUCAAACUUGAAGAGGUGCUUUCUGAUCGCAUAAAGUUGAGUUGGACAGCGCCACUUGCAGAUGGUGGUUCUCCAAUUACAAAUUACAUUGUUGAUAAGCGCGAGACUAGCAGGGCUAACUGGGCCCAAGUUUCUGCCAAAGUCAGUGGUGCUGUAACUGAAUUAUCUGUGGAGAAGCUGAUUAUGGGCCAUGAAUACCAGUUCCGUGUUCGAGCUGAGAACCGAUAUGGAGCUGGUAAUGCCAUCAUGUCAGAUCCUGUUGUUGCCAGGAAUCCUUUCACUGUUCCUGGAGCAUGUGAUCCACCAAUAAUUACAAACAUCACAAAAGAGAAAAUGACUGUGAGCUGGAAGGAACCCUCUAAUGAUGGCAACUCUGCCAUUCUUGGAUACAUGAUUGAGAAGCGUGAAACCAAGGAAAUCAACUGGACAAAGCUAAACAGAAAACCACUGCUAGAAAGAACGCUUGACGUCACAGGUCUCUCUGAGGGAGCUCAGUAUGAGUUCAGAGUUAUUGCAGUGAAUAAAGCUGGCCUUGGUAAACCCAGUGAACCAUCAAGUGCUGCUGCUGCAGUUGACCCUCUUCAACCACCUGGCCCACCAGUUUCCCCGAAGGUUACUGACACAAGUAAUAGCACUAUUAGCGUGUCUUGGACUAAGCCUGCAUAUGAUGGAGGAAGUGAAAUUUUGGGCUACCUUGUCGAAUGCAAGAGAACCGAUGCAACAGACUGGAUCCGAUGCAAUGUCCCAAAGAACCUGCAGGACACAUACUAUGUUGUUACUGGACUCUUACAGAAAUCAGAAUACCAACUGCGUGUUAGUGCAGUGAACAAAGUUGGCUUUAGUCAAACAUGUGAAGUCCCAGGAAAACAUUUCGCAAAGGAUGUGCUUGUUGCACCUGAGGCAGAACUUGAUGCAGAGUUGAAGGAUACUUUGGUGUUACAGGCUGGCACUCGAAUGAAACUUCAUGCCAAAAUUAAAGGUCGUCCUAUGCCAAAGGUCACCUGGGCCAAGAUGAAUACCAACAUCAAGAACCGACAAGGAAUUGUCAUCAAAGUCACAGAGAGUGACACAAUGGUUUAUGUGGAUAGAGUGAAUCGAAAUGAUGCAGGAAAAUAUAUUCUCAACCUUGAUAGUGUCAGUGGUAUGAAGAUGUACACAGUUGUUGUCAAGGUUCUUGAUACCCCUGGUCCACCAUUAAACUUAAUGGUGAAAGAGACAACAAAAGAUAGUGCAUCCAUCUUUUGGGACGAACCACUAAUUGAUGGCGGAAGUGAGAUCACAGGAUAUGUUGUAGAAAAACGUGAUGCCGAGAGAAAAGCAUGGUCCAAAGUAUCAACCACUUGUGACAAAACAUUUUUCAAUAUUGAAGAUCUGGAACCUGGUAGAUCAUACUACUUUAGAGUCAUGGCUCAGAAUAAGUAUGGGGUUGGUGAACCUGGUGAAAUAGCAGAUGCUGUCCGAGCCUCAGAACAACCUGGACCAGUCAUGGACUUCAAGGCUUUGCUUGUAACCAGGGAUUCUUGCACUCUUUCAUGGAAGAAACCUAUUUGUGAUGGUGGUAGUCGAAUCACUGCAUAUGUGCUUGAAGUUCUUAAUGGUGAGGACAAAUGGAAGGAGCUUCUAAGAUCAAAGAACAUGCAGUACAGUGCCAAAGAUCUUGUUGAAGGAAGGGAAUACAAAUACAGAGUAAUGGCAACAAAUGAUGCUGGUGUUGGUCCAGUGAGGGAGCUCACCAUUGUGGCAAAGGAUGUUAUUGUUAUGCCCAGCUGUGAUUUACGGGAUUUGCCGAACUUGAAUUACAUUGUAAAAGAAGGAAGCACCGUUCGUCUGAAAAUUCCCAUCACUGGUAAACCUGCCCCAACAGUCUCAUGGAAGAAGGGUGAAGAAGAAAAUUUGACAGACACAGGAAGAGUCUGUGUGGAAUCUACUGCUGUUAAUACCACUUUGUUGAUUCGGGAUUGCCAGAGAAGUGAUGCCUCAAAAUACACCAUCACUCUUCGUAAUAGCGCUGGUUCAAAGGAGUCCUCUAUAUUUGUCAGAGUUGUUGGCAAACCAGGAAUUUGUACAGGACCUAUCAAGUUUAAGGAAGUUACAGCUGAUGGAGCCACUUUGAAAUGGGGUGUUCCUAAAGAUGAUGGAGGAUCAGAAAUUACCAAUUACAUUCUUGAAAAGCGUGAUUCUGUUACCAAUAUGUGGGUAACUGUUUCCUCAGCAGUGGAGACCAACACCUAUAGAGUGUCAGCACUCCAUGAAGGAACAGAAUAUAUUUUCAGAGUUUCUGCAGAGAACAAAUAUGGAGUUGGUGAGGGUCUUAAAGCUGAACCUAUGAUUGCCAAGCAUCCAUUCAACGUGCCAGAUUCACCCCCUGCACCACAAAUCAUGAGUAUGUGUCAUGAUUCAGCAACCUUGGCUUGGUCUGAUCCAAGAAAAACUGGAGGUUCACCAAUCACAGGUUACCAUGUUGAAUUCAAGGAAAGAAACAGCAUGUUAUGGAAGAGAGCUAAUCCAGCACCUUUAAAAAUGAAAGAAUACAAAGUCAAAGGCUUAACUGAAGGUCUGGAGUAUGAAUUCAGAGUGAUGGCUAUAAAUUUGGCUGGUGUUGGUAAGCCAAGUCCUCCAGUUGGGCCAAUAGUUGCCUUAGAUGCUAUUGAUCCUCCUGGUAAACCUGAUGUGAUUAGCAUCACAAGAAGUACUGUGACACUUCAAUGGACUGAGCCUCAGUAUGAUGGUGGACACAGACUUACAGGCUACAUUGUUGAGAGACGUGACCUUCCUGCCAAAGUCUGGGUGAAAGCCAACCUUGUAAAUGUUGUGGAAUGUGCAUAUACUGUAACUGAUCUGCAGGAGGGUUGCAAGUUUGAAUUUAGAAUCAGAGCCAAGAACGCAGCUGGUGCAAUAAGUCCACCAUCUGAGCAAACCGACACUCUUAUGUGCAUGGAUGAAUAUGCGGCACCAGCCAUUAUAAUCGAUCCAACAGUAAAGGAAGGUCUUACAGUCAGAGCUGGAGACACAAUAAUCAUUAGAGCAACAAGUAUUAUAGGCAAACCAACACCAAUUUCAGCCUGGUCAAAAGGAGGGAAGUACUUCAAGCCAUCAGAUGUAUGCCAAAUUGAAACUACUCCUACCUCAUCUACUUUGUCAGUCAAAUAUGCUAGCAGGAAGGAUUCAGGGGAGUACACCAUUACAGCAAGCAAUCCAUUUGGUGUCAAAGAAGAGAAUGUAAAAGUGACUGUUUUGGAUGUUCCUGGAUCCCCAGGACCAAUUGAUGCAAGUGGUAUCUCAUCUGAAAAGGUUACACUGACUUGGACUCAACCUCAUGAAGAUGGUGGAUCAGCAAUUGAGCAUUAUAUUCUAGAGAAGAGAGAAACAAGCCGUCUUCUUUGGACCAUUCUGGCUGAAAAGGUUAUUGACUGCCACUUUGUGGCAAAUAAACUAAUCCAAGGAAAUGAAUAUAUUUUCCGUGUUUCAGCUGUCAAUCGUACAGGAGCAGGUGAUUUUUCGCAUUCAGAGCCAGUGAAGAUGGUGGAUAAUUAUGGUCCCCCAGGCCCUCCAGGAAGACCAGAAGUGGAAAAUAUUGGUGGAAAGACUUCAACCAUUACAUGGAAGAGACCAGCUGAUGAUGGAGGAAGCGAUAUUUUAGGUUACAUGGUUGAGAAAAAGGAAAGGAAGGGCAUGAGGUGGUCACGAGCGACAAAGAAACCAAUCCCCAAUCUUCAUUUUGAAGUACAAGGCCUCACUGAAGGAGCUGAAUAUCAGUUCAGAGUAGCUGCUGAGAACAAGGCUGGCUUUGGGGAACCCAGCGAGCCAUCUCAACCCAUUACAACAAAGGUCAUGGCACAUGUACCUGGACCUCCUGUCAACCCAAGAGUCACUGAUACAACAAAAACAUCAGCAGAACUGCAUUGGGGUAAACCCCUUGAUGAUGGUGGCAUGGUUGUUACAGGAUAUAUUGUUGAACAUAAAAAAGAUGGAGAAGAAGCAUGGGUUAAGGAUACAACUACACCUUUGAUUAUCACUGAAUUUGUUGUCCCAGGCCUGCAGCCUGGAGCAAAGUAUAAUUUCAGAAUUAGUGCAAUCAAUGCAAUGGGAAUUGGGGACCCAGCACAAACAAUAGACCUAGUUGAAAUUAUUGAACGUGAAGAAAUUCCUGACUUGGAGCUUGAUGCUGAAUUGAGAAGAACACUAGUUGUCAAAGCUGGAGGGUCUAUUCGCAUUUUUGUUCCUAUUAAAGGGCGUCCAGCUCCUACAGUGACGUGGACAAAGGAAGACACCAACCUAAAAACUCAUGCAAAUAUUGACAAUACAGAGUCGUACAGCCUUUUAGUCAUUCCUGAUUGUAACAGACGUGAUGCAGGGAGAUAUGACUUGACAUUAGAGAAUGCUGCUGGUAAGAAGACUGCGUAUGUGAAUGUAAAAGUUUUGGACUCCCCAGGGCCACCUUUGAAUCUCAAACCAAAAGCCAUUGACAAAGACAGUGUUACCUUGCAGUGGGAAACACCUCUUAUUGAUGGAGGUGCAAAGGUUACUAAUUAUAUAAUAGAAAAGAGAGAAGCUACUCGAAAGGCAUAUGUUACUGUGGUAACAAAGUGUGGAACAUGUUCUGUUAGAAUUCCAAAUUUGUCAGAGGGCUCAGAGUAUUACUUUAGGGUGUCUGCUGAAAAUGAGUUUGGAAUUGGUGAGCCAGUUGAAACCCUAGAUCCCAUCAGAGCAUCUCAAGCACCAGCUCCUCCUGAAACUGUUGCAAUUACAGAUGUUACCAAGAACUCAGUUAGUCUUGCAUGGACCAAACCAAAACAUGAUGGUGGCAGCAGAAUCACUGGAUAUGUUAUUGAGUGUCAGAAGAAAGGAGCAGACCAGUGGGUUCAUGUGACCACUGUGAAGGCAUUUGAUUUCACUGUAAAGAACUUAAAUGAGAAUGAAGAGUAUGUAUUCCAUGUAAUGGCUGUAAACCUAUCAGGAAGAAGCCGUCCUCGUGAAAGCAAGCAUGUUAUUAUAAGAGAACAAAGCACACUACCAGAAUUUGACCUGCGUGGUAUCUGUCAGAAGACAGUUAUAGCAAAGGCUGGAGAUGACAUAAUGGUUGAAGUGCCUGUAACAGGGCGUCCUAAACCAACAAUAACCUGGCAGAAAGAUAAUCAACCACUCAAGUUAGCACAGCGGACAGCAGUGGAAAACACCUCUACUUCUACUAUCCUUACUAUAAGUGAAUGUUUAAGAAAUGACAGUGGUGUGUAUACAAUGACAGGGAAGAAUAUUGUUGGCUCAGUUACUGACAAUAUCAUAGUCAAAGUGCAUGAUGUCCCUGGGCCACCUAAAGGACCAAUUAAAUUAGAUAAAAUAGAACGUACUUCCAUUGAGUUCUCAUGGGAGUCCCCUGAAAAUGAUGGCGGUGUACCAAUCAAUAACUAUGUUGUUGAAAUAAGGGAGACCACCAGCCAGACAUGGGUAGAACUGUCCUCAUUGAUCAUUCGAACUACAUUUAAAGCAACUCAUCUAACCACAGGCGUGGAAUACCAGUUCCGUGUCAAGGCCAAAAACAGAUAUGGUGCAGGGCCUCCAAUAAUCUCAGAGACUGUAGUUGCUGCAUAUCCAUUUAAGGCACCUGGGCCACCAGGUACUCCCAAAGUUGUUGCAUUCACCAAGGACACAAUGACAGUUGGCUGGAAUGAACCAGUUAAUGAUGGUGGAAGUGAAGUUAUUGGAUAUCAUGUUGAAAGGAAAGACAGGAACAGCAUUAUCUGGCAAAGAAUAAGUAAGGCUGUUGUGGUAGGAAACCUGUUCAAAACAACUGGACUGGAGUCUGGCACUGCAUAUGAGUUUCGUGUGAUGGCUGAAAAUGUGGCUGGAAUUGGGAAACCAAGCAAAUCUUCUGAACCUAUGCUUGCUCUUGAUCCAGUUGACCCACCUGGUCAGCCUAUACCAAUCUAUGUGUCUAAAAAUGCAGUUACUGUUCAGUGGGACAAGCCAGAAUAUGAUGGUGGGUUCAAGAUUACUGGUUACACUGUGGAAAAGAGAGAUCUACCAUCUGGACGUUGGAUAAGGGCUAACUUCACAAACAUUAUUGAAAACACGUUCACUGUUAGUGGUCUAACAAAGGAUGCUUCCUAUGAAUUCCGUGUAUUUGCAAGAAAUUCAGCUGGUGCUGUUAGCAACCCAUCAGAACCAUCUGAUCCAAUAAUUUGUAAAGAUGAUAUCGAAGAACCCAGAAUCAUGGUUGAUGCCAAAUUCAAAGACAUUGUGCUUGUUAGAGCAGGAGAAACCUUCAAACUUGAUGCUGAUGUUGCAGGGCAACCACUACCAUCAAUGGUUUGGACCAAGGAUGGAAAGGAUGUUGAAAACACAUCUAAACUACAGAUAAAAGUGACAGACCUCAGUACUUCCUUGGUUAACAAAGACUCUCUCAGAAAAGAUGGAGGUGAAUUUGUUCUGACAGCUACUAAUGUUGGUGGGUUUGUUAAACAUGUCUUCAAUGUUAAGGUUCUAGACAGACCAGGGCCACCUGGUGGACCUCUUAAAGUCUCUGACAUCACAGCUGAAAAAUGUGUUCUUACAUGGGCUCCCCCUGCAGAUGAUGGUGGAGCAAACAUCAAACACUAUGUAAUUGAAAAACGAGAGUCAAGUAGGCUUGCUUGGACAAAUGUGGUCACAGACUUACUAGUUACUCAGUACCAGGUAACUAAGCUGCUCAAAGGAAAUGAAUACAUUUUCAGAGUCAUGGCUGUUAAUAAGUAUGGGGUUGGAGAACCACUUGAGUCUGAUCCAACAAUUGCAGAUAAUCCUUAUGUUCCUCCUGAUCCUCCACAAACUCCUGAGAUUACAGCUGUCACCAAGGAUUCACUGGUGCUUUGUUGGGGAGCUCCUGCCAAUAAUGGUGGAAGUGAAAUCACAAACUAUGGAAUUGAAAGAAGAGACAGGCUUAGCUUCCGCUGGGUAAAAUGCAACAAACAAAAGGUUACUGACUUGCAUUUCAAAGUAACUGGACUUGUUCCAGGGCAUGAAUAUGAAUUUAGAGUUACUGCUGAGAAUGCAGCUGGAGUCAGUUUACCAAGCCCAUCCACUCCCUAUGUAAAAGCCACAGACACACUGUUCAAACCUGGUCCACCUGGUAACCCAAGGAUUUUGGACACAACAAGUUCCUCCAUCACACUUGCAUGGAAUAAGCCAGUAUAUGAUGGUGGUUCUGCAAUCACUGGGUACAUUGUUGAGACCUGCCUCCCUGGAACUGAUGAAGAACAAUGGACAAUUGUUUCUCCUAAAGAUGGACUGAAAGGAACAUCAUUUACAAUAAUAAACCUUAAGAAGAAUCAGGAAUACAAAAUCAAUGUCUCAGCUGUUAACAAUGAGGGUAUUGGUGAAGCAGCAUCUGUUCCUGGUUCACCUAAAGCAGAAGAAAGGCUUUUACCACCAGAAAUUGAUCUGGAUGCAGAUCUUCGUAAGGUUGUGAAUAUCAGAGCUUGCAACACAUUAAGACUUUUUGUGCUAAUCAGAGGAAGACCAUCCCCAGAGGUCAAAUGGUCAAGAGAAAAUGAUGAACCUUUGGAUAGAGCCACUAUUGAGAGCACAUCAUCUUUUACAUCACUAAUAGUUGGAAAUGUGAAUCGUUUUGACAGUGGCAAAUAUAAUUUAACUGUGGAGAACAAUUCUGGGAGCAAGACAGCUUCUGUAAUGGUUAGAGUUCUAGAUACACCUGGAGCACCACAAAACCUUAAAAUCAGCAAUGUUACUAAAGAAUCUGUCUCACUUGUAUGGGAUCCUCCAAUAAAUGAUGGUGGAUCCAAGAUUAAGAACUAUAUUGUAGAAAAGCGUGAGGCUACAAGAAAAGCUUAUGCUACAAUUAAUGCUAACUGUCACAAAACAAGUUGGACUGUUGAUCAACUUCAGGAAGGAUGUAACUACUACUUUAGAGUUCUGGCAGAGAAUGAAUAUGGCAUUGGCCUUCCUAUUGAAACCAUUGAAUCAGUCAAGGUGUCAGAAAAACCACUUCCCCCAGGCAAGAUUACACUUCAAGAUGUUACAAAGACAAGUGUCACUUUGUCAUGGGAAAAACCAGAACAUGACGGAGGAAGUAGAGUGGUAGCAUAUGUCGUUGAGGUGCAGAGUAAAGGCAGUGAGAAAUGGACACAAGCUGUUGUUGUCAAGGAAACAGAAGCAGUUAUUUCUGGGCUAACUCAUGGUGAGGAGUAUAUGUUCCGUGUCUCAGCAAGGAAUGAGAAAGGCACUAGUGAGCCACGGCAACUUGGUGUGCCAGUGAUUGUCAAAGACCUUGUAAUCACUCCAUCUGCGAAGCUGUUAUUCUCAACAUUUAGUGUUCUUGCUGGAGAAGACCUGACAAUAGAUAUUCCAUAUAUUGCACGUCCCCAAGCUGCGGUCUCUUGGGUGAAGGAUGCUGCACCACUUAAGCGAACCACCAGGGUUAACUUCUCUUCCACUGAGACCCAGCUGAAUCUUGUGAUCAAAGAGGCAUGUAGAGAUGAUGUUGGCAAGUAUAGCAUCAAACUUUCAAACACAGCUGGUGAGACAUCUGUGGAUAUUGGAGUUGUUGUUCUUGACAAACCUGGCCCACCAACUGGCCCAGUAAAAGUUGAAGAAGUAACUGCUGACACUGUGACUAUUUCAUGGAAACCACCAGAAUAUGAUGGAGGCUGCACCGUUAACAACUAUCUGGUGGAAAAGAGAGAUACAUCUACAAUAAACUGGACAGUUGUUGCAGGAAGUCUAGCCAGAACAAAAAUUAAAGCUGGAAAACUGAAAACAGGCACUGAGUAUCAGUUCAGAAUCACUGCUGAAAACAGACAUGGGAAGAGUUCUCAGCUUGUCUCAGAGUGUGUUGUUGCACAGUACCCAUACAAACGUCCAGGUCCACCAGGAACACCUUUCAUCCAUUCUGCUACCCGAGAUAGUAUGGUUGUGAUGUGGAAUGAGCCAGUAAUUGAUGGAGGAAGCACAAUAUUGGGAUAUCAUCUUGAACGUAAAGAAAGAAAUAGCAUUUUAUGGGUUAAGCUCAAUAAAGGUAUUAUCCAGGACACAACUUACAAGACAACAGGCCUUGAGCAAGGACUUGAAUAUGAAUUUAGGGUAUAUGCUGAAAACAUUGUUGGUGUUGGAAAGGCAAGCAAAAUUUCAGAGGGUCAUGUUGCACGAGAUCCUUGUGAUCCUCCUGGUACACCUGAGGCAGUUAAAAUCACAAAGGAUUCCAUCACAAUCACAUGGACAAAGCCUGAGUAUGAUGGUGGAAGCAAAGUUACUGGCUAUGUUGUUGAGAAGAAAGAAUUGCCUGAAGGACGCUGGCUGAAGGCAAACUUCACUAAUGUUAUUGAGACAGAGUAUUCUGCCACAGGUCUUACAGAGGACAAGAAAUAUGAGUUCCAUGUCAUUGCAAGAAAUGCAGCAGGAGUUUUUAGUCUUCCUUCUUACAGCACUGGACCCAUUACUGCAAAGGAUGAGAUUGAACCACCCCGCAUCAGUAUAGAUCCACAGUACACACAGACAAUCAUUGUAAAUGCAGGUGAGACCUUCAAGAUUGAUGCAGAUGUUCAUGGCAAACCAGUACCAACAAUUUACUGGAUGAAGGGAGAUCAAGAACUUGGAAAUACUAUUUAUCGUGAAAUUAAAAAUACUGACAACUUUGCAUGUUUGUCUGUAAAAGAGGCUAAACUUGCCGAUAGUGGCCAGUACACCCUGCUGCUGAAAAAUCCAGGAGGUGAGAAAGCCGUCCAUGUCAAUGUUAGUGUGCUAGAUAAACCUGGAGCACCCGAGGGUCCCAUUUUCAUCACAGGUGUUACUAGUGAUCAGUGCUUUCUUGCUUGGAAACCUCCUAAACAAGAUGGUGGAAGCAAAAUCAUUCACUACAUUGUUGAAAGAAGAGAGACAAGCAGACUGAUUUGGACUGUUGUUGAACCUAAAUAUCAAGCUGAAACUUUGAAAGUAACAAAACUCCUUGAGGGCAAUGAAUACAUUUUCAGAGUUUUGCCUGUGAACAAGUUUGGAGUUGGUGAUGCACUUCAGUCUGAUCCAGUCCUCAUUAAAGAUCCAUUUAUGCUCCCAGAUGCUCCAAAGGGAAUAGAAGUCUCAAAUGUCAAGAAGGAUUCAAUGGUCUUAAGUUGGGAGGCACCUACAAGUAAUGGUGGUACUCCUAUUACUGGAUACAUAAUUGAAAAGCAUGACAAGGAAGGUGUUAGAUGGACUAGAUGCAACAGGAAAACAGUCACUGAUCUAACAUUUAAAGUUACUGGACUCCUUGAAGGCCACCUUUAUGAAUUCAGAGUUGCAGCUGAGAAUGCAGUUGGGGUUAGUGAGCCUAGCUCAUCAACAGUAUUCUAUAAGGCUCUGGAUCCUGUGUUCAAGCCUGGCCCACCACAUAAUCCUAAACUGACAGACACAACCAAAUCUUCUGUGUCACUUGCAUGGGGGAAACCUAUUUAUGAUGGUGGGUGUGAAAUCCAAGGAUAUAUUGUGGAGUCCUGUGAGGUAAAGUCUUCACAGGAAGGUGAAGCUGCAGAAGGUGUCAUUUCUGAAGUAUGGGCCAUAUGCACACCACCAACAGGUGUUAAGUCAACAUGCUUUACAGUGGAGAAACUGAAAGAAAAACAAGAAUACAAAUUCAGGGUUUGUGCAGUUAACAAGGUUGGUAUUGGUGAGCAUGCAGAUGUUGCUGGCCACAUUGUUCCAGAGGACAAGACAGAAGAACCAGAUCUUGAUAUUGAUCUUGAGUUCAGAAAACUUGUCAGCAUUAAAGCCGGAGGAUCUCUCAGAAUUUUCAUUCCAAUUAGAGGACGUCCCCAACCACAAAUUAAAUGGGAGAAAGAUGAAGGCUCGAUUAAAGAGACAGCACAAAUUGAGGUUACAAGUAGCCAUACUAUGCUUGUGGUUGAUAAAGUCAACAGAUCUGACAGUGGAAAGUACACUGUGUUUGCAGAAAACUCUUCUGGAGUAAAGUCUGCAACUAUUAGUGUGAAGGUUCUUGACACACCUAGUGCUCCCAAUAACCUUAAAGUACAAGAAAUUACAAAGGAGUCAGUAACACUGUCAUGGGAACCUCCAGCCUUGGAUGGUGGAGCUAAGAUAAAAAAUUACAUUGUUGAGAAGCGUGAAACUACAAGAAAAACUUUCUCUGCUGUUGUGACAAAUUGCCAUAUAUUGUUUUGGAAAAUUGAACCACUUCAAGAGGGGUGCAGUUACUAUUUCAGAGUUCUUGCAGAAAAUGAACAUGGCAUUGGGUUACCUGCAGAUAUUACAGAUCCUUUGAAAGUAUCAGAAGUUCCACAGUGCCCUGGAAAAUUAAGUGUUGUAGAUGUUUCAAAAACAAGUGUAUCUCUUGCUUGGGAAAAACCAAUACAUGAUGGUGGUAGUAGAAUUCUUCAGUACCUUGUUGAAAUGCAAGUGAAGGGCAGUGAGAAAUGGUCAGGUUGUGCUAAUGUGAAAUCAUUAGAGGCUGUUAUUAGUAAUUUGAACCCUGGUGAAGAGUACACAUUCAGGGUAAUUGCUGUUAAUGAAAAGGGAAAGAGUGAUCCAAGAACCCUUGCUGUGCCAGUGCAAGCAAAGGAUCUUGUAAUUGAACCUGAUGUUAGACCUGCAUUUAGCAACUACAGUGUUCUUGUUGGAAAGGACCUACAAGUUGAAAUUCCAGUUUCUGGACGCCCCAAACCAAAAGUCACCUGGACAAAGGAUGGCACAGCCCUUAAAUUCACAACAAGAGUGAACAUUUCCAGUACACAACAAAGCACGACUCUUAGUAUCAAAGAAGCUGCCCGAGAGGAUGGUGGCAUGUAUGGAAUUAGUGUUUCCAAUGUUGUUGGACAAAAGGAUGCAACAGUUGAAAUCAUUACCCUUGACAAACCAGGCCCACCAUCUGGCCCUGUAAGAUUUGAUGAGGUAACAUUAUCAAGCAUUACACUAUCAUGGGAUCCACCAAAAUAUACUGGUGGUUGUGCAGUUUCAAACUACAUUGUACAAAAGAGAGACACAACCACCGCUGCAUGGGAGAAUGUUGCUGUCUCCAUAGCAAGAACAACAUUGAAGGUACCCCGACUGAAAACUGGUGCUGAGUAUCAGUUCAGGAUUAUUGCUCAAAAUAGAUAUGGCAAGAGUUUUGCUUUGGAUUCUUCAACUGUUGUUGUUCAGUACCCAUAUAGAGAACCAGGCCCACCUGGAACUCCAUUUGUUUCAUCCCUAUCGAGAGAUCAUAUGAUUGUUGAGUGGCAUGAACCAAUUUCAGAUGGAGGCAGCAGCAUUAUUGGAUACCAUCUUGAAAGAAAAGAGAGAAACAGUAUUCUCUGGACCAAGAUAAAUAAGACACUAAUUCAAGAAACAAAAUUCAAAACCAGUCCUUUAGAAGAAGGUAUUGAAUAUGAGUUCAGGGUCUUUGCUGAAAAUAUUGUUGGCAUUGGUAGGUGCAGUAAAAUCUCAGAGGGCUAUGUGGCUCGUGAUCCAUGCGAUCCACCUGGUACUCCAGAAGCUAUUCAUGUAAGUAAGAAUUCAAUAACAAUCCAAUGGACAAAGCCAGAAUAUGAUGGAGGAAGUGUUAUAACUGGUUAUACCAUUGAGAUGCGUGACCUCCCUGAGGGACGCUGGACAAAAGCUAGUUUCACAAAUGUUAUUGAAACCCACUUUACUGUCAGUGGGCUUACAGAAGGAAACAAAUAUGACUUCAGAGUAUUUGCAAAGAAUGCUGUUGGCACUAUCAGCAAACCGUCCUACAACAGUGGACCUAUUGCUGCAUUGGAUGAAGUACAGCCACCCAAGUUUUCAAUUGAUCCUGAAUAUACUCAGACUCUCAUUGUGAAUGCUGGGGAUUCUUUCAAACUUGAUGCAGAUGUUCAUGGCAAACCAGUACCUACAAUCCAGUGGCUCAAAGGUGAUAAAGAAAUUGAAAACACAAUCAGGUGUGAGAUCAAGAACACUGAUACUAGAGCUAUGAUUAUCAUAAAGGAUGCACUCCGAAAUGAUGCUGGUGACUAUACUCUUCAACUCACUAAUGUUGCAGGCUCCCAGACUGCUUCAUUCCAAGUGAAAGUAUUGGAUAAACCCAGUACACCCGAAGGCCCACUUCAUGUCACAGGACUGUUGAGUGAUAGAUGCACAUUAUCAUGGCGUCCCCCUCAACAUGAUGGAGGAAGCACUGUCACUCAUUAUAUUAUUGAAAGACGUGAAACAAGUCGUCUUGCCUGGACUGUGGUUUCUAGUGACUGUAAAGCAACAAUGUACAAAGUUACAAAGCUUCUAGAAGGCAAUGAGUAUACUUUCCGUGUUAUGGCUGUCAACAGUUAUGGUGUCAGUGAGCCAAUCAAUACUCCAUCUGUGUUAAUGAAAAAUCCAUUUGUAGCACCUGGAUCACCACAGAUUUUGGAGGUGACUAACAUUAUCCGGGAUUCCAUGACUGUGUGCUGGAGAGCCCCUGAAACCGAUGGUGGAAGUGAAAUUGUUGGCUAUAUUAUUGAAAAGAAAGACCGCUCUGGUAUUAAGUGGACUAGAUGCAACAGACAGAAAGUUACUGAUGUAUGUUUCAGAGUUCAAGGUCUGAUAGAGGAUCAUGAAUAUGAAUUCAGAGUAUCAGCAGAAAAUGCAGCUGGAAUUGGUGAACCAAGUUUACCAACAUCAUACUAUAAGGCCUGUGAUCCUAAAUAUAAACCUGGCCCACCCACAAAUGCACAUGUGAUUGACACCACAAAGAACUCUAUUUCAUUGGCAUGGGGAAAGCCUCUUAAUGAUGGCGGAAGUCCUAUUCAAGGAUACAUUGUUGAAAUAUGUAAAGCUGAGGAGGAAGAAUGGACAUUGUGCACUCCCCCUACUGGCUUGCGAGUUAAUAAAUUUGAAAUCACUAAACUAACAGAAAAACAGCAAUAUAAAAUUCAGGUAUGCGCCAUAAACAAAUUAGGUGUGGGUGAGCCUACAGUUAUUCCUGGGACUGCCAAACCAGAGGACAAACUUGAAGCUCCAGAAAUCCAUCUUGAUUCAGAAUUGAGGAAAGGCAUAGUUGUGCGUGCUGGAGGAUCAGUUAGAAUUAACGUGCCUUUCAAGGGGAGACCAACACCAGAGAUCAAAUGGACUAAAGAUGAAGGAGAGAUGUCAGAGAAGAUAAUGAUUGAGAAGGGUCUAAACUUCACACAGCUUUCAAUGGACUCCUGUGACAGAAGGGAUUCUGGAAAAUAUACAGUUACCCUGCAGAACAGCAGUGGUUCUGUGUCUGAAUUUGUGGCAGUAAAGGUAUUGGAUACACCAGGAGCCCCCUUGAAUCUGGUAGUGAAAGACAUUAAGAAAGACUCUAUUACACUUGUUUGGGAUCCACCACUUCUUGAUGGUGGUGCAAAAAUCAAGAAUUAUGUUGUUGAUAAGCGGGAAUCCACAAGAAAAGCAUAUGCUAAUGUUACAACCAAGUGUACCAAGACAAGCUAUAAGGUAGAAAAUCUUGCAGAGGGAGCUAUGUACUACUUUAGAAUUAUGGCUGAAAAUGAAUAUGGAAUUGGUUUACCAGUUGAAACAAAGACUGCAUCAAAGGUCUCUGAAGUACCUCUACCAGUUGGAAAUGUUACGUUGACUGAUGUCACAAAAGUCAGUGCAUCUCUGUCUUGGGAAAAACCAGAGCAUGAUGGUGGUAGCAGGAUUGCAGGCUAUUUGAUUGAAAUGCAGCCUAAGGGAACGGAUAAAUGGAGCGUAGCAACAUCUAUCAAAACAUGUGAAGCCACAGUCACUGGACUGACAGCUGGCCAGGAAUAUAUGUUCCGUGUUCUUGCUUUCAAUGAAAAAGGAAAGAGUGAGCCAAAGCCCCUUGCUGCUCCUGUCAUUGCUAAUGACUUAACAAUAGAGCCAAGCCUAAAAGUACAGUUCAAUACAUAUAGUGUCAAAUCUGGUGAUGAUCUCAAACUGGAAAUACCUGUCUUUGGUCGUCCCAAACCAAAGGUUACUUGGAUGAAGAAUGGAGAAACUCUUAAAGUAACAUCUAGAAUCAGCACUUCAAACACACCAACAUCAGCAAUUCUACAGAUAACUGAAGCCAGUAAAGAUGACUUUGGAAAGUAUGCAGUUACUGCAACAAACAGUGCUGGUGCUAUUACCGAAGAAAUUGGAAUCAUUAUCCUUGAUAAGCCUGGUCCACCAACAGGCCCUAUUAAAAUAAAUGAAGUAAGUAAUAGUUUUGUUACAAUAUCAUGGGAACCUCCUUCAUACAUGGGAGGCUGCCAAGUAAAGCAUUAUAUUGUUGAAAAAAGGGACACCACUACAACUACAUGGGAAGUUGUAGCUGGAUCAGUUGCCAGAACAUCUCUUAAAAUAACAAAGUUAAAAACAGGUGCUGAGUACCAGUUUAGAGUCAUUGCAGAAAACAGAUAUGGAAAGAGUACCUCACUGGAGUCAAAGGCAAUUGUUGUUCAGUAUCCGUAUAAACCUCCUGGGCCACCGGGAACUCCAUAUGUCAAAUCUGCCACCAAAGAUCAAAUGAUAAUUGAGUGGAAUGAGCCCGUCAAUGAUGGUGGAAGCUCAGUGAUUGGCUACCAUCUAGAAACCAAGGAACGAACUAGUAUCCUGUGGACAAAGCUGAAUAAAACUCUCAUUACUGACACAAUGUUCAAGAUAUGCAAUCUGGAGGAAGGUGCUGGAUAUGAGUUCAGAGUAUGUGCUGAAAACAUUGUUGGCAUUGGAAGACCCAGCAAGGUUUCUGAGAGCUUUGUUGCUCGUGACCCAUGUGAUCCACCUGGUACUCCAGAAGCAGUUGCUGUCUCAAAGAACCAUGUAUUAAUCCAGUGGACAAAGCCUCAAUAUGAUGGUGGCAGCAAAGUUACAGGAUACAUUGUUGAAAAGAGGGACUUACCUCAAGGGCACUGGAUGAGAGUCAACUUCACUAAUGUGAUUGAAACUGAAUUUGCAAUCACAGGCUUAACAGAAAACCAACAAUAUGAAUUUAGAGUAAUUGCAAGGAAUGCUGUUGGCAUUUUCAGUGAGCCGUCUGACACCACUGGGUCAAUUACUAUGACAGAUGAAAUUGAACCUCCAAGUGUAUCAAUUGAUCCUAAGUACAAGGAUGUCAUUGUUGUGAAUGCUGGAGAAAAUUUAGUACUUGAUGCAGAUAUCCAUGGAAAACCCUUUCCUGCUGUCCAGUGGUUGAAAGAAGGAAAGGAAAUAGAUAAAACACUGCGCAUUGAAUUAAAAACAACCAAGAAAUCUGCAUCUAUUACAAUCAAGGACUGCACAAGAAUAGACAGUGGCCAUUAUGAUCUUGUAUUAAGCAACAGUGGUGGAACCAAAACAAUCCCAAUUGUGGUAAAGGUUCUUGAUAGACCAGGACCUCCCACAGGACCACUGCAUGUAACUGCUGUAAUGGCUGAUAGAUGUGAUCUGUCCUGGGCUGAACCCUCUCAGGAUGGUGGUGCCAAUAUAUCUCACUACAUUCUUGAGAAGAGAGAAACUAGCAGGUUAUCAUGGAUUCUGGUUGCUUCCAGUAUUCAAACUAUCAGUUACAAAGUGACAAAGCUCAUGACAGGUGAUGAAUAUAUUUUCAGAGUUAUGGCUGUUAACAAAUAUGGCAUUGGUGACCCUCUAGAGUCUGGAGCAAUAAUUGCUCGCAACCCAUACAAACCACCAAGUGCACCAUCGGCACCAGAAGCAAUUGAGAUAAGCAAGGAUUCAAUGAUUCUAUCAUGGAAAGCCCCAGACAGUGAUGGUGGAACCAAAAUUAUUGGUUAUCAUUUGGAGAAACGUGACAAAGAUAGUGUAAGAUGGACCAAAUGUAAUAGACAGAAGUUGUCUGACUUGAAUUUCAAAGUGACUGGCCUUUCAGAGGGGCAUUUCUAUGAGUUCCGUGUAGCUGCUGAGAAUGAAGCUGGUGUAGGAGAACUCAGUGAUAUAUCUCUGUUCUACAGAGCCAUUAAUGCCACAACUCCUCCUGGUCCACCAUAUCAUCCUAAAGUGACAGAUUAUUCUUGCUCAUCUGUGUCCUUGGCUUGGGGUAAACCAGCCAGUGAUGGUGGUGCAUACAUUAAAGGUUACAUUGUUGAAAUGAAAGAGAUCUCUGCAGAAGAAUGGACCAUAUACACACCUCCAUCUGGUUUACAAGCAACAAAAUUAACAGUGGAAAAUCUUAAGGAAAAUGCAGAAUAUAACUUCCGUGUCUGUGCCAUUAAUUCUGAGGGAGUUGGUGAACCUGCUGAUGUUCAUGGCUCUGUAAUUGCAGCUGAAAAAGUUGAAGCGCCAGAGAUUGAACUUGAUGCUGACCUUAGGAAAGUUGUUUCAGUUCGUGCAGGUGGAUCACUUCGUUUGUUCAUUAGAAUUAGAGGUAGACCUGAGCCAUCUGUGAAAUGGGAAAAAGAAGAGGGUACUUUAACUGAGCGUGCACUGAUUGAGUCCACAAGUUCAUACACCAUGCUUGUAAUUGAUAAUAUCAAUAGAUUUGACAGUGGAAAAUAUGUUUUGUCUCUUGAAAACAAGAGUGGUUCCAAAUCAUCAUUUGUGAAUGUCAGAGUACUUGACUCACCAAGUGCACCCCAAAAUUUUGAAGUCAAAGAUGUUAAGAAAGAUUCAGUGACACUCUACUGGGAUCCUCCUCUUACUGAUGGUGGAGCCAAAAUAACCAACUACAUUGUGGAAAAGCGAGAAUCUACAAGGAAAGCGUAUACAACUGUCACAAGCAACUGCACACAAAAUGUCUUUAAGAUAGAGGAAUUGCAAGAGGGAGGAAUUUUCUACUUCCGAGUGUGUGCUGUAAAUGAGUAUGGAUUUGGUCUGAUGGCAGAAACAAAGAGUCCAGUCAAAGUUGCCCAGGUACCUAUGCCUCCAGGAAAGGUGACUCUUGUGGAUGUUACCAAGAACAGCGCAACUCUCACUUGGGUAAAACCUGCACAUGAUGGUGGCAGUAAAGUCAUUUGCUAUAAUGUAGAGAUGCAACCAAAAAGCACUGAUAAAUGGGCUGUGUGCUGCACAGCAAAAGUUCCAGAGGCUACUGUGACUAACCUUACUCCUGGUGAAACAUAUUCUUUCAGGGUAUUUGCACUGAAUGAGAAAGGCAAGAGUGAACCCCAAGAACUUGGUGUGCCCGUUUCUGCUAAGGACAUAGAAAUAGAACCCUCAGUUAAUCUGCUCUUCAGUACUUUCAGUGUGAAGGCUGGAGAUGCUCUCACUGUUGAAGUUCCUGUAAGAGGCAGGCCUAAGCCAGUUAUUUCAUGGAAGAAGGAUGGCCUUCCUCUUAAGCUAACAAGCUCUCUCACAGUAAUCAAUACCACCACAUCAAGCAAGAUUGUUAUAAAGGAAGCUGCCAUUGAGCAUGUUGGAAAAUAUGAAAUCACCCUUGCCAAUACAGCAGGCACCAUUUCCACAGACAUUAACAUUGUGGUUCUUGACAAACCAGGUCCACCAGCUGCAGUAAAGGUUGAUGCUGUUACUGCUGAUAGCAUUACACUAUCAUGGACACCCCCUGAAUAUGAUGGUGGAUGCUCCAUCAAUAAUUACAUUGUUGAGAAGAGAGAUACCAAUACAACAGAGUGGCAGAUUGUAUCAACAAAUGUUGCCAGAAAUUCACUCAAAGUGACUCGACUAACACUUGGUUCUGAAUAUCAGUUCCGUAUAUAUUCAGUGAACCGCUAUGGAAAGAGUAAAUCUAUUGACUCUCCUGCAAUUACUGCAGAAUAUCCAUUCAAGCAGCCUGGCCCACCUGCUACACCCCGUGUGGCUCAUGCCACCAAGUCCUUUAUGACUGUAACAUGGAACGAACCAGUGAACGAUGGUGGUAGCACAGUUCUUGGAUAUCAUUUGGAGCGUAAAGAGAGGAGUAGUAUUUUGUGGACAAAGAUGAACAGACUUCUCAUCAAAGAUACUGAAUUCAAAGUAACUGGCCUUGAAGAUGGUAUGGUCUAUGAAUACCGUGUUUAUGCUGAGAAUAUUGCUGGUAUUGGAAAGGUUAGCAAAGUCAGUGAAGCUGUAGCUGCAAGAGAUCCUUGUGAUCCCCCUGGUCAACCAGUAGUUACAAGUAUUACUAGAUCUUCUGUAUCCCUGUCUUGGACAAAGCCUGAGUAUGAUGGAGGAGCCAAGGUUACAGGAUACAUCAUUGAACGUAAGGAUCUUCCACAGGGUCGCUGGACCAGAUGCAAUUUCACCAAUAUUCCUGAAACUUACUUUGAUGUUACUGGGCUCACUCAAGAUCAGCAAUAUGAUUUCCGUGUAACUGCAAAGAAUGCUGCUGGACUGUUCAGCGAGCCAUCUGAUAGCACAGGCCCUAUCACAGUCAAAGAUAAUGUAGAUCCACCUCGCAUUAUGAUGGAUGUCAAGUUCAGAGAUGUUGUGGCUGUGAAAGCAGGCGAGACCCUGAGGAUCAGUGCUGACAUUGCUGGACGCCCGCUGCCAGUGGCAUCAUGGUCAAAGGAUGGAAAAGAGAUUCAACUCAGGGCAAGAAUUCAGAUAUCUGCAACAGACACUAACACUAUGAUAGUGGUGAAAGACUGCAUAAGGAGUGAUUCUGGACAGUAUGCCCUAACAUUACAAAAUGUUGCUGGAACAGUAACAACACCAGUGAAAUGUUUGAUCCUUGAUAAACCAGGACCUUCAGCAGGACCACUGUCAGUCACUGACCUUACAAGUGAAGACUGCACAUUGUCAUGGGGACCACCACAAGAAAUUGGUGGUGCAGAAAUUACUCACUAUAUUGUCCAGAAAAGAGAGACUAGCAGUCUGGUAUGGACAGUUGUACAUGGAGAGGUGAAAUGUAGAACAUGCAAAGUCACAAAACUUCUCAAAGGCAAUGAAUACAUCUUUAGAGUUUUAGCUGUAAACAAGUUUGGACCUGGUGAACCUCUCGAAAGUGAAAUGAUCAAAAUCACUGAUCCAUUCACUUUUGCAACAGCACCCACAAGUGUAGACAUUACAAAUGUGACCAGUGAGGAGAUGACACUAACCUGGGCUAAGCCUGUUUCUGAUGGUGGUAGUGCAAUCUAUGGGUAUGUAAUAGAACGACGUGAGAAAUCAAGCCUUCGAUGGGUGAGAGUCAACAGAGGGCUUAUAAAAGACCUAACAACUGUAGUAUCUAAAUUAAGAAGAGGGUGUGAAUAUGAAUUCAGAGUCUUUGCAGAAAAUGAAGCAGGUUUAAGUCCUGCAAGUGAACCAUCUGUCUCAGUGAGGGCAGAGGAUGCAUUACUUCUGCCAUCUCCACCAACUAAACCAAAGAUUUUGGAUCACACAAAAAGCUCAAUUACUAUUGCUUGGAAUAAGCCAUUAUCAGAUGGGGGCACUCCAAUACAUGGAUACAGUGUAGAAUACAAGAAAACAGAUGCUGAGGAAUGGGUUGUUGCCAUCCAGAUGACAAAGAGCUUAGAGUUCACUGUCUCUGGUCUCACAGCUGAUGUGGAAUAUGUCUUUGCAGUUAAAUCAAUAAAUAAACUUGGACUUAGUGAGCAAUCUCCAACUUCAGAGCCACAAGCAGCAAUAGACAGAAAGGAAGAACCAGUAUUUGAUGUUGACAUUGAGAUGAGAAAAACUUUAAUUGUCAAGCAUGGCAAUUCUUUUACUCUGAGAGCACCAUUUAAAGGAGUACCUGUGCCUUCCAUAACAUGGCAUAAGGAAGGAGUUGAUCUCAAAUCAAGAGCUACCCUAGAAACGGCUGCAACAUACACAUCCCUUACUAUUGAAAAGGCAACAAGAAAUGACACAGGACAAUAUAUUGUUACACUGGAUAAUGGUGUUGGAAUUGUAUCUUUGCCAAUGGUUGUUAAAGUUCUUGAUUCUCCUGGGCCACCAAUGAAUGUGAAGAUUAAGGAUGUCACAAAAGACUCAGCCACAGUUACUUGGGAAAUUCCAGAGAAUGAUGGAGGAGAUGCUGUGAAAGCUUACCAUGUUGAGAAACGUGAAGCAAGCAAAAAGGCCUGGGUGUGUGUGACAAAUAACUGCCGCAAUCUCAUGUACAAUGUAGAGGAUUUGCAAGAAGGUGCCGUCUACUACUUCAGAGUGAUCGCAGAGAAUGAAUUUGGUAUGGGUGUACCUGCCGAGACAAAAGAUGGAACUAAAAUUACAGAAAUACCAAGUCCCCCAGCUAGGCUUGGAAUAGCUGAAGUGACAAAAGACAGUGUUACAAUUGUAUGGUCGAAACCAGAGUUUGAUGGGGGAAGCAAAAUUACAAGCUACCUCAUUGAUGCCCUAGAGAAGGGGCAGCAGAAGUGGGUGAAGUGUGCCACUGUAAAAAACAAUACCCAUAUAAUCAAAGGCUUGAGAGAAAAUGCUGAGUACCUCUUUAGAGUCCGUGCUGAAAAUUAUGCAGGACUCAGUGAGCCAAAAGAAAUGAUGAUUCCUGUGGUUGUGAAAGAUCAACUUGAUGCACCUGAAUUUGAUAUGAAAAACUUCCCACAUAACACUGUUUAUGUGAGAGCAGGGUCAAAUCUGAAGUUUGAGCUUCCUCUUACUGGCAAACCCAUGCCAAAAGUGGCAAUGACCAGAAACAAUGUUCCAGUUAAAUGUGGAAAAAGGUUUAGUUUUGAUGUUACACCUGAAAGUCUUAAUAUCAGCCUCAAAGAGAGUAUUGCAACUGAUGCUGGAAGAUAUGAUAUUGUGGCCUCCAACACAAGUGGAACAACUAAGAUGUUUAUUAACAUACUGGUUUUAGAUAGGCCUGGUCCUCCAUUUGGUCCAGUUGAAAUUAGUGAUAUUGGAGAAACAAGUCUGUGCCUUAAAUGGCUCCAACCUGUGUAUGAUGGUGGUAGUCCAGUCACCAACUAUGUUGUGCUAAGACGUGAAACAAGCACACCAGCUUGGGUAGAGGUGUCAUCCACAGUUGCCAGGAAUGCAGUUAAAGUCUCCAAAUUAACAAAGGGAGAAGAAUACCAAUUCAGAAUCAAAGCUGAGAAUCGCUUUGGUAUCAGUGAUCACAUUGACUCACAGACUGUCACUGUGAAACUUCCAUACACAAUCCCUGGGCCACCAUCAACACCAUGGGUGAGCUCUGUUUCAAGAGAAAGUCUUACUGUCUGCUGGCAUGAACCAGUAGUAGAUGGAGGUAACCCAGUCUUUGGAUACUAUGUUGAAAUGAAAGAAAGAAGCAGCAUCCUGUGGCAAAAAGUGAACAAGACAGCAAUCCCUGCUACCCAAAUCAGAGUGACAAACAUAUGCCCUGGAACAAUCUAUGAGUUUAAGGUUGCUGCUGAAAAUGCUGCUGGUAUUGGAAAGUUCAGCAAGAUAUCAGAGGAAGUACUUGCCAUUGAUGCUUGUGAACCUCCAGUGAAUGUGAGAAUCUCUGAGAUUACAAAGAACUCAGUUAGCCUUGUCUGGCAGAAGCCUCCUUUUGAUGGUGGAAGCAAGAUUACUGGCUAUAUGGUAGAAAGACGAGAAGCACCAAAUGGCAGAUGGUCAAAGGCUAACUAUACCAAUGUCAUUGAGACAAACUUCACAGUGUCUGGCUUGACACAGGAUCAGUCAUACGAAUUCAGAGUCUUUGCCAAGAAUGCAGUUGGCUCCAUCAGCAACCCCUCUCUUAUUGCUGGACCAGCAACCUGUGUUGAUGUUUCUGGUGCUCCAGCAAUUGACCUGCCUCCUGAGUACUUGGAUAUUGUACAAUAUAAAGCUGGGGCUUCUGUCAAGAUAAAAGUGGGCAUUAUUGCUAAGCCUUUGCCAACAAUUGAGUGGCUCAAGGAUGGAAAAGAGUUAGUGACAAGUGCACAGUUGUCAAUUGAAAGCACCACUGAUUCGUCUGCCAUUCUUAUUAAGGAUGCUACUCGUCUUAAUACUGGAACAUAUGAACUAAAGAUCAAGAAUGUGUUUGGCACAGCCUCUGCCUCUAUCAGAAUAUUGAUUUUAGACAAACCUGGCCCUCCAGCUGGAAACAUUGAGUUCAAAUCAGUGACUGCUGACAACAUAACUAUUGCAUGGGAACCUGUAGCAGAUGAUGGAGGUUCCAAAGUCACUCAUUAUAUUGUGGAAAAACGUGAGACAAGCCGAGUUGUGUGGUCUACCAUUUCUGAUUGUAUGGAGGAGCGCAUAGUCUCUGUCCAGAAGUUGGUCAGAGGAAGUGAAUAUAUAUUCCGUGUUAGAGGAGUCAACAAAUUUGGAGCUGGAGAUCCUCUGGAGUCUGAGCCUGUUAUUGCCAAGAAUGCAUUUGUUACUCCUGGACAGCCUACCACACCAGAGGCAACAGAAAUCACAAGAACAUCCAUGAAGAUUGUAUGGAAUAAACCAGGGGUGGAUGGUGGUAGCAGGGUUACAGGCUACUACUUACAGAGACGUGACAAGAAGAGUUUACGCUGGAUUAAGGUCUACAACGAUCCACUUAGUGACACCAUGGCAAAGGUCCAUCACCUGACUGAAGGAAAUGAAUAUCAGUAUCGCGUGAGUGCAGUCAAUAAAGCAGGAGAAGGCCCAUUCUCAGAUGUGUCUGACUUCUACAAAGCAGCUGAUCCUGUUGAUGUAGCUUCUGAGCCAACUAAACUGAAGGUUGUUGACUCAACUAAAACAUCCAUUACUCUUGGAUGGUCCAAGCCACAGUAUGAUGGAGGCAGUGAAAUCACUAGCUAUGUUGUGGAGAAAAAGGUCGGUGUGGAAGGGGAAUGGACAGUUAUCAGUCAUAAGGGUGAAGUCAGAACUUCUGAGUAUGUUGCAUCAGGGCUUAAACCAGAUGUUGACUACUACUUCCGUGUUUCUGCUGUGAAUUGUGCUGGACGUGGAGAUCCAAUAGAGAUGGAGGAGCCAGUCCAAGCCAAAGAUAUUCUUGAGGAAGCCCAGGUAGACACAGAUGUUGCAAUGAGAAUGCACUAUAUUGUAAAAGCUGGCAAAGAUGUUGAAAUCAUGGUACCCCUCAAGGGUAGACCUGCUCCAACUGCUUCUUGGUGGAAAGAAGACCAAAACAUUGAUAAAGAUCCAAAAUAUAAUAUUCACAGCACAGAUACAUCAUCAUGCCUUAUAAUUUCACAAGUAACCCGAAAUGAUUCUGGCAAAUACACCAUUAAAAUAGCAAAUGGAGUAGGAGAGCCAAAAUCAUUGACAUUAACUGUGAAGGUACAGGACACUCCUUCUGCCUGUAGAAAUCUUGUUCUGAAGGAUGUCACCCGUGGCAAAGUGACUCUAUGCUGGGACCCUCCUCUUCUUGAUGGUGGUGCCGAAAUCACUAACUAUAUUGUUGAGAAGAGAGACUCGUCAAAACGUUUAUAUGCCUCUGUAACAAACAAAUGCACAGAUACUACAUAUGUGAUUGAGGAGCUCUCUGAGAAAGCAUCAUACUUUUUCCGUGUAUUGGCAGAAAAUGAGAAUGGAAUUGGUGAUCCAUGUGAGACACCAGAGGCAAUUAAAGCCACUGAGAAGCCAGGUACAGUCAAAGAUCUAGCUAUGAAAGACUCCUCAAAGACAUCAGUGACUCUCCAAUGGAACAAACCAGAUUAUGAUGGUGGUAGCAUUGUUACUGACUAUAUUAUUGAAAAAAGACUUCAAGGUCAAGAAGAUUGGGCCCCUGCAGGCACAAGCAAGCACUGUGAGCAUGAGGUCACAAAACUUAAGGAACUCACAGAGAUGUUUUUCAGAGUUUGCUCCAAGAAUGAGAAAGGCAACAGUGAUUUUACUGAGGUUGGUCCAAUAAAAGUAAAGGAUUAUAUCAUUCCACCAGAAGCAAACCUUGAGGACUAUCCUGAUGGAAAAGUGAGUGUGCGCAUUGGCCACAAUGUACAUAUUGAAUUGCCAUACAGAGGUAAACCAAGGCCAUCAGUACUCUGGCUGAAGGACAAUUUGCCACUGAAAGAGGGUGAUAAGAUUCGCUUCAAGAAGACAGAAAACAAGGCAACCCUUAUAAUAAAGAAUGUGGAAAAAGAGAAUGGUGGUAAAUAUACUCUUACACUUGACAACACAUUCUGUAGGAAAUCAUUCCAUAUACAAGUCAUUACCCUUGGACCACCAUCAAGGCCCAUUGGACCCAUUCGUUUGGAUGAGGUGAGAGCGGAAAGUAUAAUGAUAUCUUGGGAUGAACCCAAUGAUGAUGGAGGUGGAGAAAUAACUUGCUACAGUGUUGAGAAACGUGAUACCUCUCAGACAGACUGGAAGAUGGCCUUUUCAAGUGUGUUAGGUACAUUGUUCAAGGUACCUAAUUUAAUCAAAGGAGUUCAAUAUCAGUUCCGGGUUUCUGCAGAGAAUAGGUAUGGUGUAAGUGAACCCCUUGUUUCACAAAAUGUCAUUGCCAAGCAUGAGUUCAGACCACCAGGUCCACCAGGAAUGCCAUUUGUCUACAAUGUCACCAAUGAUGGUAUGACUAUUCAGUGGGAUAAACCUAUUUUUGAUGGUGGCUGUCCAGUGCUGGGGUACCAUGUUGAAAAGAAGGAGACAAACAGCAUCAUAUGGCAUAAGGUCAAUACAGUCUUGGUGACUGCAAAGGAAUACAGGGUUCUGGGCCUUAUUGAAAGUCUGCAAUAUCAGUUCAGGGUCUACGCUCAAAAUGAUGCUGGUUACAGCCGGAUGAGUGAUGAGAGCAAACCAGUCAUGGCUGUUUCUCCUGUUGAUCCUCCUGGUACUCCUGAUUAUGUUGACGUUACAAGUGAAUCUGUGAAACUGAAAUGGGACGCACCCAAACGAGAUGGUGGAAGCAAAAUUGUUGCCUACAAUGUUGAGAAGCGUCAAGGACAGGGUCGCUGGUUGAAGACCAACUUUACAGAUGCGACUGAGACUGAGUUUAUAGUGACUGGACUAACUUGUGGUGAGAGAUAUGAAUUCAGGGUUAUAGCAAGAAAUGCCAUUGGCACUAUGAGCCCACCUUCUCAGUCUUCUGGUUAUGUUCUCAUCAGAGAUGAGAGUGUCACUCCAAACAUUGAAUUUGGUCAGGAGUACUUCGAGGGAGUUUCCAUAAAAGCAGGGGAAAGCAUUAGGCUUAAAGUCUCAAUUACAGGAAGACCAACACCCAAAGUCACAUGGUUCAGGGAUGAGAUAGAAUUAAAUAAAAAGAUGGUAGAUAUCACAACAAUUGCUGGAUCAAGCACCCUUUUUAUCAGAGAUGCUGACCGCUCUCAUCGUGGUGUGUACACUGUAGAAGCGAAGAAUCUCUGUGGAACCAAGAAGGAGCAAAUGAAAGUUGAAGUCUUUGAUACACCUGGAGAACCUGUUGGACCAGUCCUCUUCACUAAUAUCUCAGACGGCAAAGUAACACUUUCAUGGAAUCCACCAGAGAAUGAUGGCUGCUCUGAAGUCACUCAUUACAUUAUUGAGAAGCGUGAGACCUCCAAAAUUUCCUGGUCACUAGUCACAGAUGAGUGUAAGGAGUGUACAUACAAUGCAAGCAAACUUCUCAAGACCAAUGAGUACCAGUUCCGUGUUUCUGCAGUCAACAGAUUUGGUGUCAGUAGACCACUGGACUCUGUUCCUGUUAUUGCCCAAAUGCAGUACACCACUCCAGACUCUCCUGGAACUCCUGAUGCAACAAAUGUUGAUGGAGAGAGUAUUACAAUCAGCUGGGCUCCACCAACAAGUGAUGGUGGAAAUCCAAUUAAAUAUUACAUUGUUGAACGACGUGAGAAGAAGACUGGGCGCUGGCAGAAGAUUUUAACUAGGAAACCCAUUACUGAGUCUGCCCACAGAGUAACACAUCUCACUGAGAAUGUGGAAUAUGAAUUCCGAGUUUAUGCUGUUAAUGAUGCUGGAGUUGGAGCUCCAAGCAAUAUUUCAAUACCAAUUAAAUGUGCAGAGCCAACUGAAGUACCUGAUGGUCCUUCAAUUAUAAAUGUCACUGAUACCUCCAAUACAUCUGUCAGUCUGGAAUGGACCAGGCCUGGCUAUGAUGGUGGCAUGGAGGUCCAGGGUUACAUUAUUGAGAUGUGCAAGGCAUCUGAAAAAGAAUGGCAUAGAAAUAAUGAGGAUCUUUGUACUGUCACAAAGUAUACUGCCACUAAUUUGGAAACUGGUGCAGAAUACAAGUUCCGCAUUGUGGCACUCAAUGCUGUUGGAAAGGGUGAAGCAAAAGAGAUGAGUGAACCAGUGCAAGCUGUGGAUAAACUAACUGCACCAGAGAUUGACAUUGAUGCAAGUUUCCAGCAGACGCAUAUUGUAAAGAGUGGAGGCCGUGCAUCUCUUCGCAUUUCUUUCAAAGGAAAGCCAGCACCUACUGCCUCAUGGAUAAAGGUGGAUGGAGAACUUGGAGUUAUGGCAGAUGUAACUACCUCCGAGACCUUCACUUGUUUGACACUGGAUAAUUGUACACGAAAUGACAGUGGGAAAUACACACUCACACUUGAAAAUAGCAGUGGUAACAAAUCUGUAACUUUUACAGUUAAAGUUUUAGACACACCUGGAGCCCCAGGUGCUCUUAUGUUCAAAGAUGUCACAAGAGGAGCUCUUACUCUUAUAUGGGAGCCCCCAGUCAAUGAUGGUGGUGCACGUGUUCAUCACUAUAUUGUAGAGAAGCGUGAAGCCAGCCGUCGUACAUGGACAGAGGCAGCACCUAAGUGUACUCAGACAAGUUUAAGAAUUUCUGAGCUCUUGGAAGGAGUACCAUACUUCUUUAGGGUUAUGGCAGAAAAUCAAUAUGGUCUCGGUGAGGCUUAUGAAAUGCCUGAACCAAUUGUUGCCACAGCAGAACCAGCUCCACCAAAGAGACUGGAUAUAACUGAUACCACUGAUACAACCGUUACCCUUGCCUGGCUAAAGCCUGAACAUGAUGGUGGUAGUCGUGUCACAGCUUACUCUGUUGAGACCAAGGCAAAGGGAACAGAUAAAUGGGUUGUUGGUGGCACUACCAAAAACCUAACCCUUGUAGUUGAGGGGUUAACCGAAGGAACAGAGUAUGAGUUCCGUGUCAAAGCUAAGAAUGAUGCAGGUUUCAGUUUACCCAGAGAGGCAUUCUCCUCUGUUGUUGUUAAAGAGCCCCGUAUUGAGCCAACUGCAGAUCUCAGUGGCAUCACCAAUCAACUUAUCACUUGCAAGACUGGCAGUUCAUUUGAGAUUGAUGUCCCAAUAAGCGGCAGACCAGCUCCAAAUGUUAUUUGGAAGCUUGAAGAGAUGAGGCUAAAGGAAACUGACCGAGUAUCAAUCAAGAUAACCAAGAACAGGACAACUUUGAAAGUUAAAGAGAGCAUGCGAGGUGAUGGAGGAAGGUACUUCCUUACCCUUGAGAAUGUCGCAGGGGCUAAGACCUUUACUAUCACUGCCAAUGUUAUCGGCAGACCCAGUCCUCCAGAGGGGCCUAUUCAGAUUUCUUCAAUUACAGCUGAGUCCUGUAUACUAUCAUGGAAUGUUCCUGAGGAUGAUGGUGGAACUGACAUAACUAAUUACAUUGUCGAAAAGCGUGAAUCGGGAUCUACUGCCUGGCAGCUUGUGAACUCGAGUGUGAAGCGUACAUCUUUCCAUGUCUCUCAUCUGAUGAAGUACAUGCAGUACACUUUCCGUGUCUGUGCUGAAAACAGAUUUGGAGUGAGCAAACCAACUGAAUCUGAGACCAUUGUUGCAGAGCAUCCAUUUGUUCCACCAGGGCCUCCAACUAGACCAGAAGUGUUUGCUGUUACUGCUAACAGCAUGAGCAUCCGUUGGGAAGAGCCAUAUCAUGAUGGAGGCAGUAAGGUCACUGGUUACUGGAUUGAGAAGAAGGAGCGCAACACUAUUCUUUGGGUCAGAGAGAACACUGUUCCAUGCUUUGACUGUUACUACAAAGUCGAUAGCCUUAGUGAAGGUCUUGAAUACCAGUUCAGAGUAUAUGCAAUGAACAGUGCUGGCCUUAGUAAAGCAAGUGAAGCAUCAAAAAGAGCUGUUGCACAAAAUCCAGUUGAUCCCCCAGGCAAGCCAGAAGUGACCAAUGUAUCAAGAUCAACUGUUUCAAUUAAGUGGUCUGUGCCACUGAAUGAUGGUGGCAGCCAAAUUGUAGGUUACAUUGUUGAGCGCAAGCCUUACACUGUUUCUGGAGAAGGCCGCUGGCUGAAGUGUAAUUACACUAAUGUUAUUGAUACAAACUUCACAAUUACUGCACUGGAAGAAGGAGAGGUAUAUGAGUUCCAUGUAAUCGCUAAGAAUGCCAUUGGAGUGUUCAGCUUGCCAUCAGUGUCAACAGGAGCUGUCACUUGCAAGGCAGAAUACACUCCUCCCAAAGCAGAAUUGGACAGCAAACUUCUUGUGGACACAGUUACAGUCAGAGCAGGAUCAGACCUUGUUCUGGAUGCUGCUGUUGGUGGCAAACCAGAUCCAAAAGUCUCAUGGGCAAAGGGAAAUAAAGAACUGGACCACUGUGAGAAAUACUGUUUACAAUAUUCUAGCACCCGUGCUUUAGCAAUCAUCAAGUUCUGUGAUAGAGAUGAUACUGGGAAGUAUGUUCUGACAGUUAAGAAUGCCAGUGGAACCAAAACAGCUGAAGUCUGUGUAAAGGUGCUUGAUACACCUGGUCCAUGUCAGGAGAUAAAAGUAAGCAAUGUGACUGAGGACAAAUGCAAAGUGUCCUGGAAAGAGCCACUAGAGGAUGGUGGUGACCCCAUUACACAUUACAUUGUGGAGAGAAGGGACACCAACAGACUCAACUGGGUCAUCGUGGAUGCUGAAUGCAAGGCCCUCACAUGUAUCGUUACCAGACUUUUCAAGAACAAUGAAUAUAUCUUCCGUAUCACAGGUGUAAACAAGUAUGGGGCAGGUGUGGCAUUGCAAUCUUCACCCAUCUUUGCUAGAAACACAUUCACUAUCCCAUUGUCUCCAGGACCACCAGAAAUCCUUGCUGUUGGAAAAGACUUUGCAACCAUUGAGUGGCUGAAACCUGAGAAUGAUGGUGGUAGUGAAAUUACAAACUAUUUGAUUGAGAGGAAGGAGAGGAAGAGUAUCAGAUGGGUUAAGGUCAACAGAGAUUCUGUACUCAGAGACACAACCUUCAAGGUUACAGGCCUACAAGAGGGCAACAUUUACCAGUUCCGUGUUACGGCCAUGAAUGCUGCUGGGGACAGUGAGCCUAGUGAGGUAUCCAUGUAUGCUGUCUGCAGAGUACCAACAGGGAAACCAGACGCUCCGUCCAUUCCACGUGUAACAGACACACACAAGGACAGCAUUAGUCUUACCUGGGCAAGGCCAGUGGAAGAUGGUGGUGCUGACAUUAUUGGUUACAUCCUUGGAAUGCAAGAAGUAGGUACAGAAGAAUGGACCAAGACCCAUGAGAAGACACUUAGAGGCACAGAGCACACAAUAACCGGUCUUACCACUGGCAAAAAGUACUGUUUCAGAGUUGCUGCAGUUAAUGUGAAUGGUACAGGAGACUUCAGUGAUCCAUGUACAGAAGUGGAGCCUGUUGAAAGAAUUGAAACUCCUGACCUUGAGAUUCCUGAUGAUCUACGGAAGACAAUUUGUCUGAGGGCAGGAAGCUCUCUGCGACUUCAUGUAUCUAUCAUUGGAAGACCAUCUCCAGUCAUUACCUGGAGCAAACCUGGGGUGGAUCUCCAGAUCCGUGGCUUUAUUGAAGUUAGUAAUACUGCCACAACUCUGAUUAUUGACAAGGUACACCGCUAUGAUGCUGGAAAAUACACCCUUGAAGCUGCUAAUUCAGCUGGAAAGAAGGAUGCUAGCAUUCUUGUUAAGAUCUAUGAUACUCCUGGUCCACCAGGCCCAAUUAAAGUUAAGGAGCUCACAAAAGAGUCUGCUUACAUUGCCUGGGAUGCUCCUGAGGUUGAUGGUGGUGCACCCAUUAACAAUUACAUAAUUGAGAAAAGAGAAUCAUCAACAAGAGCCUACAAAACAGUGACUUCCAAAUGCAACAAAACUUCAUACAAAAUUACAGGCCUUGCAGAAGGAAUGCUCUACUAUUUCAGAGUCUUGCCAGAAAACAUCUAUGGAAUAGGUGAACAUUGUGAGACACCAGAUGCUGUGCUGGUGUGUGAAGUACCUUUGCCUCCAGCAAAACUUGACAUUGUAGAUGUCACAAAGUCGUCCGUAACUCUUGGAUGGGAGAAGCCUGAACAUGAUGGAGGCAGCAGGAUAACCGGCUACAUUAUUGAAGCUUGCAAGGCUGGUACAGAAAAAUGGAUGAAGGUUGCCACUUUGAAAUUAACAGACUUUGAGUUCACUAUUGAGAAACUGAAUGAAAAUGAGCAGUACCUCUUCAGGGUACGUGCUGUCAACAGCAGAGGAAUUGGUGAGCCCAAAGAAACAGUUACGGCUGUGACAGUACAAGAACAAAGAGUAAUGCCAAAGGUUGAUCUAUCAAGAAUUCCACAGAAGUUGAUCAGUGUUUUGGCUGGCAAACCUCUUGAACUUAAUUUGCCAAUCAUUGGACGACCACCUCCUGUUUGCUCAUGGUUCUUUAGUGAAAAUAAAUUAAAGAUAAAGGAACGUGUGAAAAUUCAGUCAACUGCAAAAUGCUCUAAGUUAACUGUUCUUGACACCACAAUUGAUGAUACUGGAGAGUAUACCCUUGAAGUGAAGAAUAUUACAGGAGUGACAACAGAAAAAAUAAAGGUCAUCAUCCUUGACAAACCUGAUCCACCUAAUGGACCCGUUCGAUUUGAUGAGGUUGAUGCAUCCUCAGUUACCGUGAGCUGGGAUCCACCGGAAAGAGAUGGAGGUGCUCCUAUCAGUAAUUAUGUUGUCGAACAACGUGAUGCUCAUCGUCCAGGAUGGAUACCUAUCUCUGAAUCAGUCAGCAGACCAACCUUUAAAUUUGAUAGACUGACAGAGGGAGAUGAAUAUGUCUUCCGCGUUGCAGCAGUCAAUCGCUACGGUACUGGAGACUUCUUGCAGUCUGAUGUUGUCGAGUGCAGGAGUUCCAAAUCCAUUCCUGGGCCACCAGGUAGACCGAUAGUAUUUGAUGUGUCUCGUGAUGGUAUGACUGUUGCCUGGGAGCCACCAGAUGAGGAUGGUGGCCUAGAGAUAUCUGGCUACAUCAUUGAGCGCAAGGAGGUCAGAGCUGACAGAUGGGUGCGGGCUAAUAAGAACCCUGUGACAAUGACAAGAUACAGAUCCACUGGUCUUAUUGAGGGCCUGGAAUAUGAGCACAGAGUGACAGCCAUCAAUGCUAGAGGUGUUGGUAAACCUAGUUUUGUCUCCAAGCCAGCAGUGGCAACUGAUCCAGUUGAUCCACCUGGUUCACCUCAGAACCCAAGAGUCACUGACACCACAAAAACAUCUGUGUCUUUGGCUUGGAAUCCACCUGAUGAGGAGGGUGGAUCUAAGGUUACUGGUUAUCUGAUUGAGAUGCAGAAGGUUGGUUCUGUACCCUGGAUCAAGUGCAAUACCACACCAACAAUGAUUUGUGAAUACACUCUGACUAGAAUGCCACAAGGGGAGGAGUUCAAAUUCAGAGUCUUGGCCUGUAAUGCUGGUGGACCUGGUGAACCCGCUGAAGUGCCAGGAACAAUCAAAGUAACAGAAAGGCUUGAACCACCAAGUCAUGACCUUGAAGCUAAGUACAAAGAUGUCUUUAUUGUCAGACAUGGAGCAGUCAUCAGACUUUCAGUUCCAAUCAAAGGGAAACCAACACCUGUUUGCAAGUGGACAAAGGAUGGUUCUGAGAUUUCUAACCGUGCAAUGAUUGCCUCCAGUGAAGAUGUUACUGAGCUUGUUAUCAAGGAUGCUGAAAAUUCUGACUCUGGUAUAUAUGCUCUUCAUCUUGAAAACAAAUGUGGGAAAAAGAUGGUUCAGAUCAAAGUUAAGGUUAUUGGCCGUCCAUCAGCCCCUGAAGGCCCUCUUGAAUUUGAUGAUAUACAGUCUCAUUCUGUAAGAGUGAGCUGGAAACCACCAAAAGAUGAUGGUGGCUCAGAAAUCCUUGGCUAUAUUGUGGAGCGACGUGAGGCAACAAAGGCAGCCUGGUACACUCUAGACUCACAAGUGGUUGACACAUCCCUAGUGGUUAAAGGAUUACACGAAUAUGCUGAGUAUCACUUUAAGGUGACAGCAGAGAAUAAGUUUGGUAUCAGCAGCUCCCUUAAAACUGAACAACCUAUUGUACCAAAGACUCCAAUUUGUGUACCAGAAGCUUCAGGUACACCACCGGAGAUCAUGGAUGUCACAAAGAGUUCUGUUGCUUUGGCUUGGACAAAGCCUAAAGAUGAUGGUGGAUCUCAGAUCACCGGAUACUUCAUCGAGUACAAAGAGGUAUCAUCUGAUAAGUGGGUUCGUCAUGAGACAAAGGUGAUUUCCACCAUGUACACCCUUACUGGACUCACUACUGAUGGAGAAUAUCAGUUCCGUGUGAUUGCUGUAAAUGACAUUGGAGAGAGUGUACCUGGACCUGCAUCAGAUUCUGUUAUAUGUAAAGAUCCAUUUGACAAACCAAGUCAACCAAGUGAGAUAGACACUGUGACUGUAACUAAGGACUACAUCACAAUUUGCUGGGAAGCUCCUGAAUGUGAUGGUGGAAAGCCAGUUCUUGGUUACUGGAUUGAGUACAGAAAGUCAGGGGAGAGCACCUGGAAGAAAUGCAAUAAGGAAUGUUCAAAGGACAAACAAUUUACUCAGGAUGCUUUGCAAGAGGCCACAGAGUAUGAAUUUAGAGUGUUUGCAGAAAAUGAAACUGGUAUUAGCAGACCCCGCAGGACUGCAACAGGAAUCAAAACUAAACUGAGUGUUGGAACUAUACCUGCUCUCAGAAAAGAGAUCGAUGAAGUUACUGCCAAGCUUGGUCAGACUGCCAUCCUAAAAUGCCAGAUUAUAGGAAGGCCUGUUCCAGAAAUUAAAUGGUACAAAGGUGGAAAGGAAAUCAGAGAAGGUCGAAAAUACACUGCAACUUCUGAUGGCCGCAACCAUACACUGACCAUCUCAACAGACCAACAGGAAGAUGAGGGCUUGUACACUUGCAAAGGUGUUAAUGAAGCUGGAGAGUGUGAGACCAGUGGGACCUUGGUUCUGGAAGCAGCACCGAAUUUUCCCAUCCCGUUAAAAGACAAAAUCUUUGCAGGAUGUGGUACCACUGUACGUAUUCAUGCUGUAUACAUAGGUCGCCCAGAGCCCAAGAUCAUGUGGCUGCAUGGUGCAAAACCAAUGGAACCCUCUGAGAAUGUCAUGAUUGAAAACACAGAGCAUUACACUCAUUUGAUUUUGAAGAAUGUUCAGCGCAGGGUGAAUGGUGGACAGUACAGAAUCAGGAUCAAUAACCACUUUGGUUCUGCAGAUACUGUAACUCAUCUGGAAAUUCUAGACAAACCUUCCAUGCCUGAAGGUCCUAUUGUUCUUGAUGCUUUAUUGAAGAAUUCUGUAAUCAUUAGUUGGACUGCACCAAAAGAUGAUGGUGGAUCAAUGAUCACAAACUACAUUGUGGAGAAACGUGAAGACAAAGAAGGCUCAGAGUGGCAUCUUGUGACAUCAUCUGUCACAGGCAUCUCAUGCCGUAUUCCCAACCUUGUGGAAAAUGAAGGUUACUUCUUUCGUGUUUCAGCACAAAACCGUUAUGGCAACAGUGAACCACUGGAAACUCCAUCUGCUAUUCUUAUCAAGAGUCAGUUAGAUAAACCAGGAACACCAAUGAAACCCAUUGUAUCUGGUGUGACCAAGAAUUCCUGCGUUGUGUCUUGGAAACCACCUCUUAGUGAUGGAGGAUCCAAAAUCAAGAACUAUCGUCUUGAGAAACAAGAUAAGAAGAAGGGUGAAUGGGUCCCUGUAACCACUGAUGAAAUCCACCAGACAGUUUUCUCAGUUAAGCGACUUACAGCAGGUGUUGAGUACAUUUUCCGUGUGAAAUGUGAAAAUCUUGGUGGAGAAAGUGAAUACAGUGAAGAGUCUGACCCAGUUGUUCCAAAGACAGAUGUUGAAGUCCAUGCUCCUGCAUUUAAAGAAGACCUCAGGAACUUGAGUGUGAAAUACAAGAGCACUGCAACAUUUGUUUGCAAGAUAGCGGGACAGCCAAAACCUGUGAUUAAAUGGUUCAAGCGUGGCAAAGAAAUUCAGGCAGAUGGAACUAAAAUCAAGAUCCAAGAAUUUAAAGGUGGUUAUCAUCAGCUUGUCAUUGUUAAUGCUGAUGAGGAAGACUCAACUGUCUAUCAGAUCAGAGCAACAAACCAGGGAGGAUCUAUUUCUGCCACUGUUUCUCUGGAUGUUGAAAUUCCUGCAAAGAUUAAUUUACCUAAAAACUUGCAAGAUAAAGAAGCAAUUUGUGCUCUCCGUGGUGAAGUGGUGAACAUCAAGAUUCCAUUCAGUGGAAAACCAGAUCCAGUUAUCACAUGGCAGAAGGGACAAGACCUUAUUGAUAAUAAUGGCUAUUAUCAAGUUAUCGUCACAAGAUCAUUCACAUCUCUGGUGUUCUCAAAUGGAGUUGAAAGAAAAGAUGCUGGUUUCUAUAUUGUCUGUGCGAAGAAUAGAUUUGGCAUUGACCAGCAAACAGUUGAGCUUGAUGUUGCAGAUGUGCCUGAUCCACCUCGUGGUGUCAAAGCUUGUGAUGUGUCUAGAGAUUCUGUAUCAUUGGAUUGGGUGGCACCUGCUAGUGAUGGCGGAAGUAGAGUUACAAACUACAUUGUAGAGAAGUGUGCUACCACAGCAGAGAGAUGGAUCCGUGUUGCCCAGUCACGUGAUGCUCGUUACACUGUCACAAAUCUGUUUGGAAAGACAAGCUACCAGUUCCGUGUAAUAGCUGAAAACAAAUUUGGUCAGAGUGCACCAUCUGAGCCAAGUGGACCUGUUGUGACAAAGGAAGACAAAUCAAGAGUUCUUAACUAUGAUGAGGAAGUUGAUGAUACUAGACCAGUUUCUGUGGGUAAAGUUCCCCAUUCACAGUCUAAGAAUUUACACAACAAAUACAUGAUUGCCGAAGAGCUUGGUCGUGGAAAGUUUGGCAUUGUUCAUCGCUGUGUUGAAAUCAGCUCUGAAAAGACAUUCAUGGCCAAAUUCGUCAAGGUGAAAGGUGCUGAUCAAGCAAUAGUAAAGAAAGAAAUUGCAACUCUUAACAUAGCCCGCCAUAAGAAUUUCCUGUUACUCCAUGAAUCAUUUGACAGUCCUGAAGAACUGGUCAUGGUCUAUGAGUUCAUUUCAGGAGUUGACAUAUUUGAACGGAUUAAUACACCUUCCUUUGAACUCAAUGAACGUGAAAUUGUUAACUAUAUGAAACAGAUUUGUGAAGCUCUUGAGUAUCUACACAGCAAGAGUUAUGGUCACUUUGAUAUCAGGCCUGAGAAUAUUGUGUAUACCACAAGAAGAGGAACCACUGUAAAGAUCAUAGAACUGGGACAAUCUAGACAUCUCACUCCUGGAGAACAAAUCAAGAUUCAGUACACAACAGCUGAAUAUUCAGCACCAGAAAUCCAUCAGAAUGAGAUGGUCAGCACUGUGACAGACAUGUGGUCUGUGGGUGUCCUAGUGUAUGUACUUCUCAGUGGACUCAAUCCUUUCAUUGCUGAAACUAAUCAGCAAAUGAUUGACAACAUCUCUAAUGCUGAGUACAGCUUUGAUGAUGAGUCCUUCAAAGAGGCAAGUGUUGAGGCAUUAGAUUUUAUAGACCGUCUGCUUACUAAAGAUCGUAAACAUCGUAUGACUGCUGCAGAAGCUUUGAAUCAUCCUUGGCUGACAAAGAGCACAGAAGAGCUUAGCACUAAGUCAAUCAAGACCACAAGACACAAGCGAUACUACCAAGCUAUAGUGAAGAAAGAGUGGAACACUGUUGUCUCAUCUGCUCGCAUUGCUAGUGGUGGUGCUAUCAGAAGUCAAAGAGGUGUAACAGUUGCCAAAGCAAAGAUUGCACCAUUUGAGCAUGGCCCAAUUGCUGGGCAAAUUAAACACAAUGCUAGUGAUGAAGGCGAUGAUGUCAAAUUUAUUUGCAACAUUGAGAAUUAUGAUAGCAAUACUGAAACUACCUGGUAUUGUGGAGUCAGGCAACUUGAAGAAGGUGCUAGAUAUGAAAUUACUUAUGAAGAGGGGCUUGCUACAAUAACUAUCAAGGGCAUUACCAGAGCAGAUGAUGGAACAUACAGAUGCAAAGUAGUUAAUGAGUAUGGUGAGGACAGUGCAUAUGCAGAGCUCUUUGUCAAAAGUGUCAGAGACUAUCGUAGCUUCUACACUGCACGUGUUGUAAAGAAAGUAAAACGCAGAAUAGACACAGCCAGGCUUCUUCAAAGACCUCCAGAGUUCACACUUCCAUUGUGCAACCGUACAGCUUACAUUGGUGAGAGUGUUCGCUUUGGUGUCACCAUCACAGUUCACCCUGAACCUCGUGUCAUGUGGUUGAAAUCUGGACAGAAGAUUUCGCCAGGAGAUGAUGACAAGAAAUAUACAUUUAUCAGUGACAAGGGCCUGUAUCAGUUAGUAAUUCACAAUCUUGACCCUGAUGAUGAUGCUGAGUACUCUGUUGUGGCACGCAACAGGCAUGGCGAUGACAGCUGCAAGGCUCGUCUCACAGUAAUUCCUCGCCCUGCACCUGCUGAUAAUACCGUGAGACCCAUGUUCAAGCGCCUGCUGGCCAACUUGGAGUGCAGAGAGGGUCAGAGUGUACGCUUCGAGAUAAGAGUAUCAGGUUCACCAUCACUGAAAUGGGAGAAGGAUGGCACACCUUUGGCAUUCGGUCCACAAAUUGAAGUUGUUCACGAGGGCUUGGAUUACUUUGUUUUACAUAUCAGAGACACUCUUCCAGAGGAUUCUGGUACAUAUAGGGUCACAGCAACCAAUUCAGCUGGUUCUGCAAGUUGUCAAUCCACACUAAAAGUUGAACGUGUAACACAUGUCAAGAAGGACUUUGAGAGUGAGGAGGAAAAGAAAAAGAAACAAGCUCUUGACAAGCAGCAAAUUGACAAAAAAGUACGCCUAACACAGAUUCUUGCUGGUGCAGAUGUAACCCCACUUACUCCUGUUGCAAAAGAGGCAUUGAGAGAGGCUGCAUCUAUGUUCAUACCAGUGGAAACCAGGAAAGAAAAGACUGAAGCUGAAGAAGCAAAAGAAAGAGAAGAAAGAAAGAAGAGAGCAGAGGAAAAGAGAUUAAGAAUGCCAUAUAUUAUUCCUCCACCUCGUGUUCGUGCUCCUACUGCUCUUGAGGAAGACAUGGAAAUAAAACACUUUAAACCAUUUUCUGACAUGAAGUGGUACAAGAAACUACGAGACCAGUAUGAGUUCCCUGAGCCAACGGAGAAGCUUCCUCAGAAGAGACUUAAGCGUAUCCGACUGUCAAGGUGGGAACAAUUCUAUGAAGUGCCUCUGCCAAGAAUAAAAGACCAGUACAAGCCAAAAUGGCAUAUCCCAGCUGUUUCACAGGAUGACUUGGAAACUGUAAGACCAGCAAGGCGUCGUACACCUUCUCCAGAAAUGGAAACUUACUACAGAAUAAGAAGACGCUCUCUUGGUGAUCUUUCUGAUGAGGAACUGCUUCUUCCUGUUAAUGAAUACCUGUCAAUGAAAAGAACUGAGGAGGAAAGACUCAGACUUGAGGAGGAACUUCAACUGGGCUACUCUGCUUCUCCACCAAGUCUAAGCCCUGUACGAUUUGAACUUUCUGCUUUGCGUCAUCCUUCACCAAAGAAGACUGAAUAUGAUGGAGAGGAAGAAGUAGAGGCAGUUCCAAGAUAUGACUCCUAUCGUAUUCCCUCAAAGUAUGAGUCUGGCCCAAGCUACAUUAGUCUUCGUCAGCGACAUGAUAAGGCAACAUAUAGACCUCCAAAAGAAAAGCAAAGGAUGUAUGAAGAAAAGGAGGAUCAAGAGCUGCUCAGAUCAGUCACAACCUCCACAAGGAUAACCUCCUACAAGAGUCAACUAAAACACAUGGAGUUUGAGGAAAAAACACGAAUCUCUAGAAAAGAGAAAACAAAAGUUUCAGUUCCAGUGGUGGUUGAGGGAGCUGCAGUUGACUUAUCUGAUUUGACCCUCAGUUCAUUUUCACCAGGUUAUGUUAAAGUGAAGCGCCCUACAGUGGUGAAGGCAGUAGAAGCAACAGUCAGACCUCCAACACCGGAGCAAACACAUCCACGCUCUCUAAGCCCUGUUUCUACUGAGAAAGUAGUCUUAACACAAGAGCUGUCCACAAAAGUUGAUUACAUACAACGGUAUGAAGCAAGAAAGAGGGCUCUGAAAACUGAGAAAAAGUUUGAAAUGGUGACACAGCAACCAUUUAGCCUCGACCAUACACCAAGGGUCACUGUACGAAUGCGCUCUCACCGUGUAGGAGUUGGUCAGAAUACAAAAUUCACAUUAAAUGUCCAAUCUAAACCAGAUGCCCACAUCCAGUGGUAUCACAAUGGCCAGCCUAUUCAAGAAAGGAAAAAGUACCACAUGUAUAAUAUGAGUGGGGUUCUUUCUCUACAAAUCAUUGACUGCCAAGAAGAAGACAGUGGCACAUACCGUGUUGUCUGCAUGAAUGCAAAGGGAGAAGCCUCAGACUAUGCCACUCUUGAAGUUUCUGGAGGUGGAUUUGCUGCAUAUACAUCUCAGCGCAAAGAUGAGGAACCUCCAACUCCCUUUGUACCUGAGAUGACAAAAACAGAUGUUUAUCAUGUGUCAUCAAAAAAGGCAGCUGCAGUCUCAGAGACACAAGUUUCAGAGACAGUAACUGAAAUAAAAACAGAACUAAAAUCAGAAACGACAGAAAUUGUCGUACAUGAGCAUAAAUCAUCUGAAAUACUUCAAGCCAUGGAAGUAAAAACAGUGGAAGAAGCUUCAGUAGAGAUAAAGGAACCCCAAAGAACAACACUUCCAGCAACAAUUCUGACAAAGCCACAGUCACUCACAGUAUCUGAGGGAGAAACAGCUAAAUUUACAUGCGAUGUGGAUGGAGAACCAGCACCCAGUAUAACUUGGAUGAGGGAGAAACAAACCAUUGUGUCAUCACACCGUCAUCAUGUAACAACAACAGAAUACAAGUCUACAUUUGAAAUCUCCCAAGUUGAAAUCUCAGAUGAAGGUAACUAUACACUGGCUGUGGAGAACUCCGAGGGUAAACAAGAGGCACAGUUCACCCUGACAGUUCGCAAACCAACACCUGUGCAGAAAGUUGUUGCUUCUCCUCCAAGAGUGAAAUCUCCAAUCUCUCCUCGUGUAACAUCACCUGGGGGAAUAAAAUCUCCACCAAGAAUUAAAUCACCUGAGCCAAUCAGGUCACCACACAGGGUUAAGUCCCCUCUCAUAGCAAAAUCACCAACACCAACAUCCAAACCUACAUUCUCAGCAGGAUUAAAUGACAUCUCAGUUUCGUCAGAUGCCACUGUCAAGAUGACAGUGAAAGUGACUGGUGAACCUAAACCAGUGAUCUCAUGGACGAAAGACGGAAGGAGCGUGUCUCAGGGUGGCAAAUAUGAAAUAUUCGAGGAACAUGGUUCUGCACAUCUUGAAAUUUAUGACUCUGACGUCUCUGAUAGUGGUGUGUAUAAAUGCACUGCCACAAAUAGCGCUGGGUCAGUUACUUCAAGUUGCACUGUCACCAUUAAAGAAUCACUUAAAUCUGCAAAAGUUAUGGAAACAAAAGCAGAGCUCACAGAACAAACUGUGAAAAAGGACAUUGUCCAUCAAGAAGUUCAGUCUUUUACAGAAAUUAAAGCAUCCCAAACCAAAGUUACAUUUACUGAGGGUCAGGCUGUCACACUGAAAGCAAAUAUCCCUGGAGCUUCUGAUGUAAAGUGGAUUCUGAAUGGAGUGGAACUGGCCAAUUCAGCAGACUACAGACAUGGGAUUUCUGGGAAUGACCACACUUUGACCAUCAGAAAUGUCAGAUUGCGGGACAGUGGAAUCCUCACAUGUGAGGCAAAAACUGAACAAGGCUUGAUCAAGUGCCAGUUUGACACCAAAAUCAGUGAAAAGCGCUCAGAUGCACCAAAAUUCCUAGAGCAACCACGAUCCCAGAAUGUAAAUGAGGGACAGGAUAUCAUAUUCUCUUGUGAAAUAACAGGAGAUCCUACUCCUGAAAUUGAAUGGCUCAAGGACAAUUCAGUGUUAUCUGUUACAUCAAAUAUGAAAUUGAGCCGCUCUAAAAACGUGUAUAAACUUGAGAUUCAGAACGCUACUCUUGAGGAUAGUGGAAAAUACACAGUAAAGGCCAAGAACCAAUUUGGACAGUGUUCUGCAACAGCAUCUCUUAAUGUUCUUACUCUGGUUGAAGAACCUAUGAAAAUGAUAGUAGUGGAGAAAAGCUCGUAUGAUGCAGGUUUGGCAGGUGGCUACACUGCCUUGCAUAUGGCUUCAUCAAUGCAGGAGGCAGCCUUCAGUAGUUCCAGCAUGGCUCAGGUUAAACUUCAAAGCAUGUCAGCAGCUAGCAUGACCUCCAUGACAUCUGAAACAAUGGUAGCCAUGAGUUCGAGCAGUAUGAUGGAAAUGUCCAGUCGGUCACAUGUUGUGGGGUCUUCUAUCAAAUCCAUUUCCCGUGGGCUCAAAGGUGUACCACCUAAAAUUGAAUCUGCUCCUCAAGAUAUUAGCAUUGAAUCAGGAAAAGUUCUGACUGUGGCCUGUGCUUUCACUGGAGACCCAGUUCCAAGUGUUGAGUGGUCCCAUUCAGGGAGGAUACUGUCCAAUAAAGAGAGGGGAAGGUUCCAGAUUGAGACCACUGAGGAUGUCACCACUCUCAUCAUUAGUGGCAUUAAAGAAAAUGAUGCUGGGGCAUACACCCUCAGACUUUCCAACGAACUUGGAUCCGAUUCUGCUACUGUCAACGUCAGCAUUCGAUCCAUGUAAAAAAAAAAGAUAAAAGUAAUCCAACCCACACCCCCUUUUCUUCCUUCGAUCUUUUUAUUUAUUGAAUGAAUAACAAUACUCUGUUCUAGAUAACGACCUGGAUCUCUGUUCUUGUAAAUAUGAACUAUUUUUUUUACCAAACUUGACAUUAAUUUAUGCCAAACUAGACUAAAGUCUAAAGUUGUUAUAAAAUGUGCCAUAUUGGAUAAUUAUGACUAGGAUUUUUGAACCAUUUUUCUGUGACAUGUACAUAAUGUAUAUAGCCGAAUUUAACGGUUAUGGAAAAUGUAUGAAUUGUUAUUUAUGACAAUAUUAACUGAAACAAAUGGAACUAAAUGUUUAACAGGAGAAAGUUUCUCUUGAAACGAAUACCCUGUAAAACCUGAAACAAAACUCUGUGCCUCAACAAAAAGUUGAAGUCUUAAGAUUGCCUCAACAGGUAGAGAGGCUCCCUGUUGAAGUUCUACUAAAUCGGAGACAAAGUUAUGCACUGUACAUCUGUGCAUGCAGUAUUGCAACACUCAAAUGAAUUUAUAACUUGACCAUAAGACCCUGAGUGCUGUUUGCAUCUUACCCUCAUGUAAGCAGCACAACUGGGCCUUGUGUUCAGACUGACUAUGUCAUACCACCAUUUUAAUGACAGGCUCAAAGUGCGAGCGGCCUGCACAUUGAGCUGAAGAUAAUGUUAUGUGCACAAGUUCUGGCAAAAGACUAUUUGAAUUUGAUUUUAUGAAAGUAACAUCACCUGGCCAUUAAUUUCUAAAUCAUUUCAGAUGCUUCUUUGCAGAAUUUGUGCCACCUCUUGGAGGAUUGCUAGGUUAUAUUUUGUGUGUUUGUGUGUUAGCGUGUGUGUGUGUUAGCUUUAGGAUCUCACAUUGUCAGCAGUCAGGGUAAUCAUCAAGCAAAGUACCACAGUGACUACAUCUGCUGUGCAAAGAAAAGAAAAAACAAUAAAUGAAAUGCCCUGCACUUUAAUUUAAUAGUAAUGAAUAUAUGUAGCAUUACUCAUUUUAAGCCUCCUUGAGUUUUAUGAAUUUCUGAUUUAAUAAAGCAUGAUUUCAGCACCAUGA